GAGAAGAAGCUGUUUAUAAUCAACAGUAUCAAAAGCUGUGGAAAGGUCAAGGAGAAUUAGUAGUGACCGUGAGAUUUUGCAGCGAGUAGAUCGUUUGAUACUUUGGUCUUUCUCGUUUGUUGUGUGUCCAUGAAAAGUGCAUGUUAUUUCAGCACACGUGAAUGCAUGUUAUUCCAGCACACGUGAAUGCUAGUGCUUGUACCAGAGGUAAGCAACUUUCUGCACUCCAAAUGUUGUGGACUACAGCUUCCAUAAUGGUCUUACUUCUAUAAUGCAAGCAAAGCAUCAAGGGAGAUGUUGUCUACUUCUGGUCUAUACACCGAGCCAUGCAGCAUGAGUGCAGUUAACCAUGAGCUAAUUUUUCCGCCAAUGAAUAGCAUCAAAAUAUACUGUGCAUGAACUUGAUAUUGCUAAUAUUAUAGUGGAACUUUGAAAGUGGAAUUUCUGCAUUAGAAGUUCUGGUGAGCGGUGUCUGGACGACGAGGAAGUUGUGUAGUGGUUAUAGUGCCUACAAAAUCAAUGCAUCAGGUUGUUUUUUUAAUUGCAUAUUUAUUUUGUUAACCAUGUUCAGCUAGCUGCAUAAGUAGCAAAAAAUCCAAAAAGCGAAUAACUCCAAAAUUGCCUCUGUAAAUGAAAAUUCCGAGGCAGAUUUUAUUUCCAUUCAAUGGCUGGUGAAUGUGCAGAUUAUAUACCUCCUUUGCAAUUUUGUCUCUUUCUGUGUAUUUGUCUAAGACUUUAAAUAUCACUAAAUUGACUGUAUACAUGUUUGAAAUUUGAUAUUUGGACACAUUUGGAGAUUUUGAGCAGUUUUAUAAUCCAAAUAUACAGUUAUACGAAACAGAGGGGGAAAAAAUAGUUCUGGCAAUUUAUUCGGACAAUCUGGAAUGAACAGCUGGAAUGUACAAUAUUUCUUUGAGUGUGCUUGAAAUUUUUUUUUUCUUCAAAUCCUCUCACAAUGUUGGCUGAUGUAAAGCAGAUUGGGGGACGUUGGAAGGGUGAUGUGGGGGGUAAUUUCCCUCUCAUUCUAAGACAGCAGAGUGACUGGAGUUAAAUACAAGCAUGCAGUGUGACAGGAUAUGUGAUUACUUUUUUUGUAUUUUUUUUUUUUUUGCAAGUUUCACAAUUUUAUCUAAUGUGUUUCUGAAGGGGGAGUGACCACGACAGGGUUUACAUGAAUUAGCUAGCCCUAGCUGAAAUUCCAGCUAGUCUCCAUCACACAGAAGGAGGGAGGAUGCUGGGGAAAUACCACAACAUGUUUGCAACUGCCAUCUUCUUUCUUUGCACAGGUAAGGCUAAAGCUCAGAUACAUUGUGCUGCUUAUUGUUAUGCAUAUAUUUACUUUGUCUUAUUAGGAGGAAUGGGUAGCUGUAUUGAUUAUAUGUGCAUGCUAGUUUGUGUGUCACCCAGCAUCCUCUAUGGUCUGUUCUGAAAAAUGAGCAUUCUUCAAACUAUGUGGUGUAGGUCCAUUAUUAUUUUUAUUGCCAUUUAUAUAGCGCCAACAGAUUCCGUAGCGCUUUACAAUAUUAUGAGAGGGGGAUUUAACUAUAAAUAGGACAAUUACAAGAAAACUUACAGGACCGAUAGAUUGAAGAGGACCCUGCUCAAACGGCUUACAGUCUUUAGGUCAAUGCAAUCUUUUUUUUAUAUGUGUGUGUCCUAAGUAUGAAAUGAGUAUUGUCUUUAUUUUUACCUUAGAUGAAAGUAAUUUGUUUUAAAGAAUGUCAUUAAUUUAUUUUAAUAAUAAAAAAUUAAUUAGAAUACUUUUUUCAUUUCUUAUUUAAGCAACUAAAAAAAAAAAAAAGACCAAUUACAAAAAAAUGUAGAGAAGUUAACAAAAACAAUGCUAUAUUUUUCAGGUUUAGGCUAACUGUUUUUUGUAUCUACUUUUACAAAUCUAACUGUUUUAAGGUAGUGAAAAACACAACCACGUCAUUGGGAUUACAAUCCAAUGCAGCUGAGGUAAUAGAUAUUGUCUUUGUUUGUAAUGAAGUUAUUUCAAAGUUUAGACGGCUCUCAAGUUGCAUGACAACUGCUUCCUGCUUAUAGCUUAGCAGUUAAUAAGAUGUAAUAUUUUUCUUUUUAGUUAUAAUUCAAAUAUUGUCCUUAUAGAGUCCAAAAGGACUCUAUAAGGACAAAAAGGGUAUUUGAUUUUUAUUUGGAGUGGGGAGGGGGGGGGAAAGGGAGGUGUAAAUGACUCUCUGAAAGUGUGUCUCAAAAGUACGGCGUAACAGCUGCGUAAAUCACAUUAAACUGUACUGGAGAAUAGUAGUAUAGUAUACUAUUUAACGUUUAUUUUCCUAAAAAUAAUGCAAUCUUGUUAACCUUCAAAACAAUUUGCAUUCACUUUUUUUAAAAAUGUAAGUGCAUUAACAGUUCCUAUUAAAAUUAUGUUUUUGAUUAAUUAAAUUAUGUUGUAUAAAUUAAAUCAUGCAGCACAAUACAUGCUUAUGUCCAGAUAAAUGUAAGUAAUUUAAAAUGACCAUAAAAAAGAUAUUAUUAUUAUCAUUUAUAUUGCGCCAACCUAUUCCACUGUGCAUUACAAUAUCAUUAAGGGGACGUUAAUAAAAAAUGAGAUAAACUAUUUCAGCUUUUAACUGGAACAAUAGGUUCAUGAGGACCCUGCUCAAAUCAGUUUACAAUCUAUAAAACUCUUGUUGCACUUUGAAAUUAAAAAGUAGCCACAAAAAGUUGUCAUGUAUGAGUUACUUUUUAAGAGAAUGUAUAUAUGAAAAGGAAUGCGCCCUGCUUUAGUAUUUUGGUUUAACACUUUCAGAAACAGGAGGAAAGCAUUAAGUCUGCUUUAUGGAGAGUUGUGCAGAGGAAUGUGUAACUUCCUUUCCCAGGAGAGGGUGACUUGAUGCAGGGAUCUAAUUUCUACAUCAAUUGGUCCUGCUAACUGUUAACGACUAAAGUUCUAGAGACCUUAGUCUCUAAUAGAUUUUGACUUGCAGGGCUGGGAUUGCAUUUUUUGCAGUAGAUGUCUUAAGGACAUGGGUCAAUAGAGAAAGUGAAGCUUUUUCUUUUGAAUGCACAUCUUUCUGAUUAGUUCACUUACAGGGUAGUUCACUAAACUCAGAAUUUUUGUGAAUUCAUUUCACGCAGAAAAACUGUGGUUAAAUAUGAAACAAGAUCUGACUAUACCAGAGUUGGAGAAUCUUUCACGAGCAACUAUUUUUACUACACUUUUGCCUUAUGGAAUUAAUUCACACAAAUUUGCACGUUAUUGAAUACUCCAGUUAGUCUCGCCACAAGCACAAGUCACAUGAUUAGGACUGUCGUUUAACAUGCACCAAAUCUUCACCUGGACUCCAUGUGACCACAACAGCAUGCAACUGUAUGUAUUGCACAGUUAACUGACCUUCCUAACAUAGAGCUGUGGGUCCUCAGCUGGUUAGAUAUUUAAUCCUUCGAAGGAUGAGCUCAUACUAUGAAAGCAUUAUUAUAAUGCAUUUUUGGAGCUUCCAGAGGUCUGUAUUCUAGCCUGGGGAACAAUGAUCUCAUGCUUAUAUCCAUGUUCUGGAACUUUUUAGACGAAAAACAUGGAGUUAAGAUAUUUUGUUUGAAAUUGAUUUAUUACAUUGUGGUAUUGUAGAAUUUACUAGUUAGCAUGUGGCACUUGAGUUAUAAAGGAAAGUUUUACAGUGCAAAUACUGGAACUAGUUAGAUGUUCAAUCCUGAAAAAUGAUGUACUCAUCUUCCAAAAUCAUGUAAACUUUGCAGUAAUUAAAAAAAUGAACACGAAAAAAUAAAAUGAACAAUAUUACUACAAUAAACAUUCUAGAACUAAAAAAACGCUGGAGCCCAGUUAUGUAUUCAGAUUCAAUGUUGCCAUAGGCCUAGCCAAAUGUUUGGCCCUCCAGUCACACAGAGAUUAAACCUACUGUACUACAGAGUGUAGCCCAUGAAGUAGCUAAAGGGAGUGGGCCUUGACAUUGCCAGGAGACAGGCAUCAGGGUCAGGGAUUGGUCUAAGGAAAUGGUGUGGGGUGGAGUUAUAAGGGGAGUAUAAGUAGUGGCCAUUUUAGAACUAGGUAUCACUUCAAUCUAAGUUGCACUUACCUGUUGUUGUCCCACCCACCCUCCCUUUGCUUUCAGGUGUUUCCCGUUUGGUCACGGCGGCGGGGGAUGGAGAGUAAAGUUGGGGGGAGAAAAGAGUGAGAUGGGGAAAAAGCUUGGAGUUCAGGGCUAAUAGGUAGGCCUUUGGACUGGUUUGGUAGGUUCAAGCUCGUAAGUAGCUCCGAACCGGGGUGUGUAGGGGUGUCUCGGUAUGCCCCUACAUUUGUGGUGCCCUUUGGUGGCAAUGGAUGGUGCCCUUUGGUGGCAAUGGUCAUGUUUCAAUGUUAGGUUAAAUGUUACAAUGUUUGGGUAUUAUAUUAUGUGGGGGUGGGUCAUUGUCAAGGGGUUAAAUUGUAAACUGCAGGAUGGUAAUUGUGCAGGCCAACGUUGGCCUGCUGUUGACAAUGACCUUUAUAUUUUAUGUUAAGUAUCAAAUAAAGCUGUGAUAUAAUUUUGCCAAAACUGUGGUGUCAGUGUUUUAUUGGAAAUGGGUAUUUGGUGGGGUUUAAGCAGAUGCCGACAAGGCGACCGUGCAUAUGUCAUGCAGACUCACAUUUGAGUUGCAAGGGGUCAGUAAGGAUCCAUAAUAGGUGGCUGAAGAAAUGUAUGCAGUGGAUGACUGGUCCAAAAUAGAGUAAAAUUGUGCUGUUCUGAUUGAUGAAUGCACUCUGAUCGCCCAAUGCAAAUAUUAAAGGAACAAACUGUAGUGCUUAUGGCAGUUCUCUGGCUGAGGUAGAGGAGGUGGAAAAUGGCAUGUAGUUUACUGUUCUAAAAUUGUUUGAUUUUUUACAAAGGUGGGGCACCAGGUCACUCCUAGCACGACAACAAGUAGAAUACCCUGUAUUGGUUAUGAUGCUCAGAAUGUUUAUUUAAGCCUUAAAACGGAUACAGUUGAUAUUGCAAAAUCAGAUGAAAUCUGUUUUAGUGAUAUCAUAGAAGACCAGAAGAGCCACAGCACUUGAGUGAGCCAAAUAAGUUUCAAACCAUUCUGGAACAGUUUGACAGGGUAGUUCUUGAGCUUUAAUCACUAAAGCACACUGUAGUGGUUAUGGUGAUUGCAGUGCCCUUUUUUUUGGAGGCGUUAAUAAUAUACUGAACUCAACCGUCUCUUCUAUAACACCAUUUUAUUUUACACAUUAUAAGAAGGCUCGCCUUUUUGUCUAGAAUACUUAAAGGAAAACAUCUACGCAGGUAACAAGUGUCUUUAGAUGAGGAAAAGAGCAUUCUGGGAGAAAAAAAACAGAGGUUUUAAGGUGUCAUAGUCAACUCUUUAUAAAAGGUUUCUAUUAUAGGAUGUUUUACUUCCCAUUUCCUAAUAAUCAACUAUAUUUUUGAAUUCUCCUACUACGUUAGCAUUUAUUGUGACCUAUAGAAACUUUUUCAGUAAUCUCCUUUAAAUAUGUGAAACUAUUUCCUAAUUUUAAACUUUGAUUACCAACCCUCCUAUGAAGAAGUGGCACAAUUUUAUCCUUUAAUUACCACAUAUUUAAUUAAUCUUUAUGUAAAAAAUUUCUCUGUUUAUAUGGUGCAGCUUGUACUCCAAAGAGAUAUUGAUUGUAUAGGUUGAUGUGAGCUAAUUCUUGAUAUGUAUUCAAUAUAAUAGAAAACCAGUGUCUUUAUUAGUACUAUUAUUAUUAUUAUUAUUGCUAUUUAUAUAGCGCCAACAGAUUCCGUAGGGCUUUACAAUAUUAUAAGAGGGGGGAUUUAGCUAUAAAUAGGACAAUUGUAGAUUAUACUAGCUUUAGUGUAACUAUAAUCUUAAUUUUAUUAAUGACAGGAGGCGAAUAUUUGCCUAAGUCUCUCUUUACUAGAACUCCACAGCAGCACAUUAACAUAGAGAUAAAAAAAAUCAGGAAUCUAUAAAAGGCUUCUCCCAACUAAUUAUUUCCUCUUUCACGCUGCAACAAAUAAAGUACAUAAACAAUACACCACAAAUACAAUAACAGGAGAAACAAACAUAACAUAACGAUGAAUUCCAUCCGGAAUUGAAACUGUGGAACCAGUGGGUGAAGCCUUGACCUUUAUUCUGUAGAGUAGUCGGAUCUAAGAACUGUAGCCAAACCAUUAAACUGAAACGAGAUAAACAGUCGAAAACACCAAUUAGCGAAUGAAAUGUACUAAGAAAACAUGAAUCCCCAUCAUAAAUACUGACAGUAUAAUAUCCCAGAUAGUGAAAAAACCUGAAUCCCCAUCAUAAAAUACUGAUGGUACCAUAUCCCAGAUAAACCCCAUCUCCCCCAGAUAACCAACCUAGCCCAGGAGAUCAGGUGAAUAAACAACAAGUCAGUCAAACCAACAAACAACAAGGGGAGGGAGAAACUGGGAGGGAAAUAUUCGCCUCCUGUCAUUAAUAAAAUUAAGAUUAUAGUUACACUAAAGCUAGUAUAAUCUACAAUUUUAUAGCAUGACAGGAGGCUUCAUAUUUGCUGUUUUAAUGCUCAGACAGCAAAGACCAAAGAAACACGAUCCAACCUAAACCUAAACUCUGCGAAGAUAGCUCCUCGUAACCGGCACGAUGUCUUGGAGAAAAACGCCCGCCAUGUCGGUACCUGAAGUCGCAGUGUUACGGUCUGAAGUGAACCGAAAAAACCUAUACGCCCCGCCAAUGCCAACCACAACCAAGCAGAACAUGAAGGGCGAGAAGAAGAGAAGAACCAUUUAAACAAACGGUGACAUCGAACACUGCCUAAACGUGGGAGCACUACCAAAGUAAGAAUAUGACCCUCGGGUCUGACUAAGGCUGAUAAACAACUAAGGUCCGAACCGCCGAACCCAUCUGAAAGAAAAACAAGGUAUAGUAACGGAAAUAAAUCCAGAAUCAGUGAAUGGGCAAAACCCGACAAAGCCCACCAUAAGAGCAUGACAAAAAUGUGUGUACCCCCUGGGGAGAUGAAUACCCGUCCUCAGGAAUCGUAAAGGGAAUUCUAAGCAGAGCGAGGCCCGCCGACAACAGUCGUACGCGCUACAUAAUCUAAUUAAUAUGGCAGUCCCCGGUAAUAAAGUGACCGAACAAUACCCGAACCCUGUAAAAGCUGUAGAAAAAUUAGGAGAUCCGUACCAGACCCAACUACGUCAGGGUCGCCAUGCAGACCAAAGUCUCACAAUCCCCGAGAACAAAUGAGCAAGGGUCCAGGGAAUCCAGGAACUAGGUUCGACUCUACCGAAGCAGAGAUCAUAAUUCCAAAGUACCAGCAGACCGAGGCACCUGUAGAAAGGUCCUGAGACUCGUCCGCGUCUCUGUGUCGAACACUCCUGGAGAGAAUUGUCCAUCGCUGAGCAAACAGGUCCGUCAUCCAGCCGAACUGGUCAGGGCAUGAUGGGUCCUCCUCCAUGGACUAAAGUCUUGACGCCGGGUCCUCCCAGAGAAAACUAUUCCAUACGUACGAGAACUCAGGAAGAGGAGAGCAUAGGAGGCACCCCAUUGCGUCCAAUCCACCCUCCAAGUCAGGACCUUCAGAGAUGUACAGGUGAGGAACUGCGCAUCCCAUUCUUCCGAUAAAAUGUACCUUUCGCUCUUCAGAUAAGAUGUACAUAACACUUCUUCAGAUUAAUAGCACAUAACACACUUCUGUGUAACUGUAAUUAACACUCUUCUGUGUAACUGUACGUAACCUUCUGUGUAACUGUACAUAACACUCUUCCGUGUAACUGUAUGUACAUUCUUCUGUGUAACUGUAUAUAGCACUCUUCUGUGUAACUGUACAUAAUAAAUGAUUGUGUAAAUGUACAUAGCGUUCUCCUGUGUAACUGUACAUAGCAUUCUUCUGUGUAACUGUACAUAGUAUAUUACUGUGUAACUGUACAUAGUAUAUUACUGUGUAACUGUACAUAGCCUUCUACUGUGUAACUGUAGAUAGCAUUCCUCUGUGUGACUGUACCUAGCAUUCCAUUGUGUAACUGUAGAUAACGCACUUUAGUUAAAUAGUGCCUGACACUCCAUAAAUAGUGAACUUGCAUAUUGAGUACACCUGUAGUCAGGGAACUCACCAACUGAGUUACCUCACAAGAGGUGCCCCAUUGGUCAAUAUGAUAAAACAGAGCGCUGCAAGCAAUCAUCUGAACAAACAAAAAGGGGGCGGGGGGUGAGUAUAAGUGGUAACACUGCCAGCUGUGCCUGUAACCCUUGAGGGGUUGUGCACAGCUCUAUAUAGCAUGCCUGUGAUCUAUAACAUCCACUAUGGUUCCCAGUAGCCUAACCUGCCAGCCACAUGGGGCAGAAAGCCAGGACAGCCUGAGGGUGCAAUGCGCCCAAGUCAUCGCUGAGUCCCAGUCAAAGCUACAGCACAUGUGCCUGCCAUCGACGGAACUAAUGCGGUAAGUCUGGUAACUGGCCGGCCCCACCCCCACCUGGCCACACGGUCACGGGGAAGUGGAUGCUCGGGGCCGCAGCACUGCAUGGGAAGGUAACCACCCCCCCACACACACACACCGCGGGAGCAGUUAUACCGCAAGCGCUCGCUUCCACUACACACACACACUGCAUCCACUUUACAAAUACUGCAUUUACUCUACACAUAUGCAGACUGCAACCACACACACUACAAACACACACUACAUCCACUUUACACACAGGCCUGUCUCAAGGAGCAUAUUCAAGGAGGAAUCCAGGCAGAGUUGUGGUGUACAAGCUCCGUGAGUUUGUCCAUCUGCAUGUUGUCUUUGGUUCUCAGCAGCAUAUAAUGAGACUUAUUUUUAUCCCUUACCCCUUUAUGCUCCCACAUAUCUAACCAAUCAUCAUCUGUGACCUCACCACCCAACUCAUUUUGUGACUUCAUGACGUAAGGGAGAUCAUUUCAAUCAAGAGUUGAAUCAGAAAUGAGUAUAAGAUAGAGAUCAGACCUUUAACAUAAGUCUCCUGAAAACAAAGGGUUUCAAAAUAUGUCAAAGCUCAUAAAAAUGCAUUGCUUAAGUCAACCUUCUGGUCAUAGCUAGGUAAAUGGACAUAUAUAAAGAAAUCAGACAGAAUCAGAGAGGCUUUGGAUUUCGGGGUAUUAAAGAAAAUAGCUGACGCCAACUAAAACAAAUCCCUAAUCCUUUCCAAGCCAGCAUCCCCCAGGCAGGCAAAGCUAGACAUGAAAAUUGCAGAUAGAAACUCUAUUCCUCAAAAAUGGUGUCAGUGUGGAUUCAGCUGUGGUUAGUUUGUAUUUGAUGGCAUACGUGUCCUAAAUCGCCAGAAACAAUAGCCAGACACUGUUUACGUAAAAAAGGAUGAGAUAUUUUAGGUAGCCACAGAUACAAUUAGGCUAAGUAUUGAGAAAAAAAGAGUAUGGGGAUAUGAUUCUAAACCAUCAUUCUGGAACAAGAGGUACUAGUGGUUUGGUAAAAGUAGCACUCUGUGGUUUGUAAAAUAGGAUGCAACAGCCAUUUUGUGGAAGUAGCAACAUUUAAUACAGUAAAGGGAUUCAAGGCUGUUUGGGAUGUUUGUAAGGCUACUCUGAAGAAUAUAUAAAUACAUGUAAUACGUCAACCGAUCUGCGGGGCCUGAUAGUAUAAUACAAAGAAUAUGUGGACGAGUUGACCGCCACAUAAUAAGAUCGCAGAUUAGGCAGGCCUAAUUAGUGUUUGUCUUUAGAGAACCGCUCUAACCACACUUCGUCUUUGGCCCAGUCAAAUAAAAUUAUCAGUCAAUGUUUGUUUUAUAUUGAAUGCACUUUAUUUGCAUUAUUUUAAUGCAUUAUCUUUAACUUGCACUAUUUUUACCCCAUAGUUUAAAUGUAAGUGGUAAAUGGGUUCCUGUUUUUUAAUUCCACUGAAUGACUAAUGCUGUAAUACAUUUUAUUUAGCACACUUUCAAUGUUAGAAAACUACUGCCUAAAUGUCUAGUAACCUCCCAGCCCUAUGAUUGCCCUGAUUACUUCUGUAGGUCUUGCACUUUUAUUUUGCUUCCUGGUUUAUUUCAUAAAUAUAAAUUAUAAAGGCUGAUUACACCUGAUUGUCCAACUGUUAAUUCACAUUAUGAAACCUAGUAUUACCUAUUUAUAUGUUCUUCAGAAUAGCCUUACAAACAUCCCACACAGUCAUGAAUCCCUACUGCAUUAAAUUUUGUUAAUACCACUGAAUGGCUGCUGCAUAAAUCUACUAUCCUAUUUUACAAGUUAGUGUCUCUCUUUUCGACCCUUCAAAUCCAAUCAUGCCCUCUCAUUUUAUCCAGGCUAUUUAAAUGCAGAAUUAUGUAAUCCCCCAAUACAUUUAAGUCAGUCUCUGUUCUUAAAGUGAUUCUAUAGUGUAAGGAUUAUAAAGCUGGGGGCUGGGCCUGACCGCCAUCUUGGACAGAUGCAUGGUGAUAUUGAUCCUCCAAGUUUUAGCCUACCGAACUGUCAUUUAAUAAUUAACCAUAGCAAUACUAACCAGCGAUGAGAGCCUUGACUAAAGUGCAAAAGUUGGUCCCCCUUUGACCUGUUUUAGAGCCCGAGAUGUCCCAGAUAUCAGUGUGACUGUGGCUCCUGGAGGUUAAGGCCUAACUGACAAUUGAGAGAGGGAGGAGGCCAGUCCCUGUCUCAGCAGUGAACUGGACCUCCGAAGUUUGUAUCAGUGGCCUUGUUCCCCCCCAUCUUUGGACCGGUGGGGGUUAUCCCAGUCUUCAUGGGAAGGCUGCUCACAUCUGGAGGCGCCCGAGGUACACAAGAGGCAGAGACCCAGUUUCCCAAGAUGGCCUUGCCAUAGAGUAGCACAGUCCUUGGCAAGCGGAGAUACUGAAGGACUUUGACAAAAUCUGCAGCGAAUUUGGGCACGUAUAUCGCGAAGAUCAGAAAUACAGCAACAGGAGUCUGGCCCUUCCUGGAGACCCACACUAGGCAUUUCAUUUACACCCAUUACUGGAAUCUACCGGCGAGACCUAACUGGACUGACAUCCAAGUGAGGCAAGACCUCACUACACUGCCCACACCUGUGGAGGUGAAGCAAGAGGUGCAGCUAUCGCACCAGGUACCCACACAGACCCCGGUGGGGGAUGGACUUGGGCAAUAUUAAAAGAUGGGUGUGUGGAGACAUGGCAAUGGCAUUACACUCAGCCUGAAAUUGGUUUGGCUAUCCACAUGGGCCUACUCAACGUGCACUCGUUGGCAUUCCUCAAGUGCAAGCAUUGCUCAUACCAAAAUUGGGCAUCGGAUGAUGGCCCCAUAUUAGUGGGAUACUAGUACUUCUUGUUUACGCUAGAUAUUCCGCCCUGCGGCUUUCCUGUGUUCUCAUUUACACAAUCCCCUUUGUCAGUUAGUAUAACCUGAUAUCGCUGCUUUUAUCGAUAUCUCUGCUUUUAUCGAAUUCUGUACUGACAUACUCAUCAGCAUGUUAACAAAGCAUAUUGUUACUUAAAAUUUGACAAGUAUACUUAGCCUGUUUAUCUUUUACUACCAAAAAAAAAAAUAUAGAGAGAAGGAGAGAAAAGAAUCAAUGUUUAUAUUUCUCCUGCUUGUUAGUAAUGUGUGCGCUGUCUGGGCCUGGACUGAAAUGGAUUGUAAUGCUGUCUGAUAAAUCUUUAACGUACAUGUUUUCACAUGAAUACAUUAUAGCUGAUUUUCAGUUUUUAUUAAGGUGCUGUUUCCAGAAAAGUGAUGGUUCCCCUUUAAAAUGCAAUGAGCUAUUUCAUGAAUUUUAAAGGCAGUUUCCAGUUUACCAGUAACUGUCUGAUUGCGCUGCUAUUGUUGGGUGUGCUUGAUGCUAUUCUUGGUCAUGAGCAGUGCACAUUUUUUUGUGGUUUUCUGGAGUGUUUCACUUUCUUGAGUUCCUACAAACAAAGCAAGAUUAUAGGAAGUAAAUGUGCUGAAGCUUUUAUUUUAAUAUAGUAACCCCAUGAGUGAAGUAACUGAUUGCAAAUUGAAGGUGCCAGCAUUCUGCUAUCUCCUCCACUGUUGUUUUGUACAUGGUUUCCUGUAUUCGAAUAACUUAAAUUUUAACUCAAUAAAGGUCAUCUAUGAAUCAGAACAUAUCCCUGAAGUAUCAAUAUCUGUUCCAAACAAAAUAUAAAAUACUUAUUUUUAUUAAAUGCAGACUUAUUUGCUGCCCAUCAACCGAUACAUUAUAGCUUCCCUGUAGCAAUGUGUCAUGGAAGACUUUCAGUGUCUGACACUUUUGCCUCAACAUGUUGUCACUUUGGACACACACACAAAUGCACAAAUACACACACUGAUAAACACAUGCAUAUAUACACUCUGAUAUGUGUACACACAUGCACACUCAAAUACACUGAUGCACAGAGACUCACAAUGGCAAACAGACAAUCACGCAUUGACAGAUACAGACACACAAUAAAAGUGUGUGUCUGGAAGGGUAUAUUGGUACCUGCGUGUGCCUGUCUUGCAUUGUGUAGUGUGUAUGUGCCUGAGAGUGUGUGUCUAGUGAGUAUCCUUGUGCAUCUGUGAGUGUAGGGGAGUUGCUUGCAGUGUGUUGUGUGUAUAGGGGCUGCUUGUGUGUGUGUGUUUUAUUAAUGGUGUGAGGGUUGACUGUGUGAAUAUGAGGGUUACUGUCUGUGGGGAGCUUCCUGUAUGCGGGUAACUGUGCGUUUAUGAGGUAAGUGUGACAAUGUGACCGUGUAUGGAUGGGGGUGAUGUGACAGGGUGAGUUGGGUGGUAGAUGUGUGGUAUGUGUGUCUGUAUUUCUAUGUUCUAUGUCCAGCUCCCCCACACUUUGUUACUCAUGGUAGCACUGGCUCUGCUGGCUGGACAGCCAUUGCAAAUCAAACCUGUUUGUAAUAAAUAGAUUUCAUUUGCAAUGGUUAAAAUCAUAUAUACCUGAUUACUGUUUAUGGGCACAUAUCCUGGUAAGUCUGUGCAGGAAGGGGUUAAUGAUCUUAAAUUGGCAAUGAAUGUCAUGUGUCAUUGUUUACACAUAACACAAAACUAGGUAAGAUAAUAGAUUCUGAACAGGAUAUUUCUUCUCUACAGAGGGAUUUUGAUUAUUUAGAGUAGUGAACAGUUAUUAAUUGGCAAUUGCUUCAAACUGGGUUUUUAAUCUUUUGGAUCAAUGGCAUAUGAAUAUGUGUUAAAGUUCAGACUUGAUGAGCUUGAGGUUUUUCUUUUAACCUUGAUUACUUUGCAACUUUUUAAAUACUUUAAAAUGAAUGCAUUGCCGUCAAGGCUCAGAUAACACACGCAAAAUACUAAACAUCAUCUCCCACAUGCAGUCAUCAAAAGCCGAGGAUCUUCUCCUAGUGCUGGACAUGGAAAAGGCCAUCGACAGGCAAUACAUGGAGCAAGUGCUCAGCAAAUUCGACUUCCCACCUAUCUUCAUAGCAGGCAUCCUAGCCUAAUACAAUCUUCCAAAAGCUCAGGUAUCCAACUCAGGAUUCUUAUUAGACCCCUUUCUUAUCACUAAUGGCUCUAGUGAGGGGUGUCCCCUCUCCUCGUUAUUGUUCAUACUAUGCUUAGAAACGCUAGCUAUAAACAAAACAAAAGACACCAUCCUGAUAUCCAAGGGGUAAAACUAGGAAGCGAGGUAUUUCGCCUGUUCUUAGACAACAUACUGUUGACCCUGGGCAAUCCAGCCGCUUCCAUCCCAGACCUUCUUCAGCUAUUGAAAGACCACAGAAACAUUUUCUACUACUAAUUGAAUGAGUCAAAAACUCAGAACUAUAAAACACGACCCCAAAUGUGCGCUGCCACCAUUUCAAAUUUGAAAAAGGUCAAGCUUUUAUGGGCAGGGUCAACACGACCAAAAUGGUCAUAUUGUCAAAACUGCUAUAUACAUUCAGGAUGCUUUCCCUAUGCUUGUCCUUCUCCCUUAACAGAUGCAUCCAAUCAGCUUUUAACGGAUUCAUAUGGGACUCCCACAGGUCACGCGUGUCUCUCGUAUUUCUGCAGUGCCACUCCUCCAAAUGUGGAGUAGGUCUCCCCAAUAUAACAAUGUACCACAAAGCUUCCCUGCUGAAAACAGCAAUUAGGAUGCACGCCCCAAAAGGGGAUUUACAAUGGGUAGACAUGGAAAGCUCUAUGGUUUCUGGCAAUUCCCUGGCAGCUGUCUAAACACCUUUGACAAAAAACCCUACGGCUAUUCACAUCCACGCUCCUCUCCAUACACCAAUGGGACCAAUUUAGGGCACGACUUGGGGAAAUCCAUAAAUGUCUCCUUGAUGCUCCAGUUUCUGCUCUAUCAGCAUUAUCCCCAUAGUUUUUUUUCCGCUCCUGGCUUCAAAAAGGAGUAAAAUACAUAGUAGACAUUUGCAAUCAGGGACUUAUUGCACCCUUUCCAGAACUACAAAACACAUACCACUUGCCAAACUCAUUUAUUUUUCAAUAUCUUCAACUGAAGAGUUUUAUAAUAACACACGUCCAAUUGGACCCUGAGACGAAACUCAGAAUGCUACAGGGCUUUGGCGGAGUCAAUGCCUGCUAGGGAGUUCCCUUUUGCCAAACAAUGGUCCCUAGAGCUAGAAUAUGAGCUGACUUCCAAAGAAUGAAUCUCAGAUAGUAAAAAAAUCACUGAAAGGACUUACUAAGUGCUAUUCCCACGUGGAUGCACACAGAAAAUUGAUCUAUAGGUGGUACCUAACACCAAACCGACUGCACUAAAUAUACCCUCUAAUAGGGCCGGACUGGGAUGUAAAUUCAGUCCGGGCUGUUAAUGGUAGUGCAGCCCACUGUGAGGGGUGGGGCCAAAAGGGGGGGUGGUAAUUGUGUGUGUAUCUAGGAGUUUGAGUGUGUGUAUGCGUAUAUAGAUUAGUGUGUGUGAAUGCAUGGGGGUGUGGUGUGUAUAAGGGACAGAGUGUGUAGUGUGUGAGUGCAUGGCAUGUAGUGUGUGUUUAUAGAGGGUAUAGAGUGUGUGAGUGCUGGGAGUGUAGUGUAUAUUUAGGUGGCAUAGAGCUUCUGUACUGUGUGUAUGUGAGUGAAGGGUGUGUGGUGUGUAUGAGGGUUAUAGAGUGUGUGUAAUGUGUUUAUGUGUAAGUGCGGGAGGUGUAGUGUGUGUAUUUAAAGGAGUAUAGAGUGUGCAUAGUGUGUGUGAGUGCAGGUGGUGUAUAUAAGGGAUAUAGAGAGUGUAUUAUGUAUACGCGUAGGGGGUGUAGUGUGUGUGUGUGUAUCUAGUUUUUUUUAGUGUGUGCAUGCGUAUAUAGAGUAGUGUGUGUGUAUAGAGUGUGUGUGUGCUACUUCGGGGGUGGAUCACCCUCAUCAUAUGUGCAGAUCACUCGCCCAUUGCGCGAGGAUUUGGGGGUUUGUCUGUCUUCUUGGACGGAUUUAAUGGACAGUCGUAUUGGCAGGCGCCUGAGGUGUCCAAUGCCAAACUCCAUUUGUUCAACAACACCGCAGGUGCAGUGGGUUUUGGAGCCCACUGGUGUGCCGAUCCUUGGCCGGAUUCUUGGCAUUUGGCGGACUAAGAAUUUGGUUUUCUUUGAGCUCUUUCCUAUUGUGGUGUCUGUGGAGUUCUGUGGUGAUCUUUUCAGGGAUCAUAGGGUGGUCUUCCACUGUGAUAAUUUGGGGGCUGUGCAGGCCAUCAACAAUAUGUCUGCUUCAUCCCCUCCUGUGGUUCGUCUUCUGCGGCACCUGGUGAUGUGCUGUUUGCUUCUGAAUGCAUACUGUAGGGUUGUACACGUGCCUGGGGUUACUAAUUUUACAGCGGAUGCUCUUUCUCGUUUUCAGUGGCGGGAAUUAAGGGAGGUGGCCCCCGAGGCAGACAAGAUGGGUUUCUCUUGUCCAGCAGAUAUGUGGGGCCUUGGGUUGACCAAGUGAAUUUUUGAUUCGGGGUUCAGUCUCGGAGUCUACUUGGCAGCGUUAAGGUAAGGCAUAGAGCGAGUGGCUAGCGUUCGAAAGGCAACAUGGUUGUUUUCAGUCGGAUGGUGAGUGGGGUUUAUUAUAACUAAUUUGGUUCUGGGAGGCUUUGGGCUGUUCUUCCUCGACGUGUCUGGGAAGUUGUCUGGGCUAAACUUUUGAUUUCAACUCACCAUUGUGUCGGACAUUACUAAGGAUGUCAUAGUUUCGUUGGUUAUGAGGGGCUGGUGGAAAGGGCCUACGCGUUCUGAUUCUCGGAGGCUGGUUUACGGUGCUCUUAUGGUAGGCAUAUUCUCAGUUCUGACACAGGCUUGUUCCUCCCCAUUUGAAGUGGCGUUGUUUCGGUUGGCAUUCUCCUUUGCCUUUUUUGGGGCCCUUGUGGAUGGGUGAGCCCAUCCAAAUCGGUCCCUGGGGGUUUGUUAUUGGGGAUGUUUUUGGCGCAGCGGAUGACGUGAGGUUUCUGAUUUGCAGGUCUAAGACAGAUGUUCUAGGACAGGGUACUUGGGUCACAUUAUGUGAUGUGGUUGUUGUGCUGGGGCGGCCCCGCUGAUUUAGGGGGUAAACCAGCGUGUCUCGUGGCAGUAUAUGGUCCUUGUCAACUGAGGAUUAGACCAGCGGUCCGUGGAAAGUCCAACUUGUUAAAACACAGGGUAAAACACCUAAUUGUAGAUUUGCCCUUGUACUUAUGAAGUAUAAUAAGUUUUAUCUUAUAAUUAUGCUGGUACCAUUUCACUAAACAGUGAGGUUUGGUAGCCCAAGAACUAAGUAGCAAAAUUAAGGCUAUAAUAGAAAAUUUGAAAAAAAUCAUGCACUUUGGCUGAAUUUGAGCUUUGAUUUAAAGGGACACUCAAGGCACCCAGACCACCUCUGCUCAUUGGAGUGGUCUGGGUGCCAACUCCCACUACCCUUAACCCUGCAAGUGUAAUUAUUGCAGUUUUUUAUAAUAAUUAUCUUGCAGGGUUAACUUCACCUCUACUAGACAGCCACUAGAUGGCACUUCCUGGUCCAUAGCACAGAAAACCUGUGCUAGAGCGUCGCUGGAUGUCCUCUCGCUGUGUGAGGACCUCCAGCGUUGCUCAAUUCCCCAUAGGAAAGCAUUGAAAAGCAUUUUCAAUGCUGUCCUAUGGAGAGCUCUAAUGCGCAUGCCCGGGCCGCGCAUGCGCAUUAGGUUUCCGCGGCCGGCGGGAUCAGUCUCGCCCACCGGCUGACGUAAUGAGGAGGAGGAGAACCACCGCCGAGGGACAUCACCCCUUCAGCAACCAGGCGUGGGUGGUGGGAGGGAGAGGGGACCUGCAGUGCCAGGAAAACAGAUUGUUUUCCUGGCACUGGAGAGUCCUUUUAACUCUGUUAAUUUAUAUAAAAAAAUUCUAAAGUUCAUAGAACACAAUGUUUGGUGAAUAGUCUCCUUACUCUAACAUAGGACAGGAGCUUGUUGGCAGAAGUAAUCCUGGAAAUGUGCAUGCUUAAAAUGAGUAAUGCACUCCUGUCAAGGCUGCACGUACUGAAACUAUUAAAAUACCAUUGACGAUUUUGAUGUCAAAUAGAGAACAGUGGAGAUGAAAAGGAGGGCUGUGAAAUAAGAAAGACUGAUGAGGAGCACCAGUUUGCCCUUUGAAGACAAUACAGCUGCUCAUAGGAUCUUAUUCUCUUGAAGAAAAGAAAAAUAAUUGGAGAUGCAAGCACAAAAAUAUGGUAUGUCCCAGAGGUCGUUAACCAGUAACUGACCCAUUUAUGUGAGUUGACUUCCAUUCUUUUGUUAUCGAGUGUCAAAAAAUCAUAUGUGGUAAUUUUUUUAAAUUUUUUGUUAUUGUAUAUCUUUUUUUUUACAUGAUUAUUAAAGAGAAUUUCUACAAUAUAACACAGAGCAGAUAAACAGAAAGGAAGUUAAAGAUGAAAUCGUGUAUGAUAUCAACGCAGUGGAGUCUCUCUGGAAGAGUAGAGCAACAUAGACUAUAAUUUCAUCAUGUUGCUUGGCUGCAAAUAAAAAUUUGGACAUGUAGUAUGUAUAAUAUAUAUGCUGCAGGAUUCCUGAUUGAUUUAUCAUCUGAUUUAGUAUUUCACUUCUAAAUACCAAAUAAUCGUGUUCUCAUUCCACAAAACAACCACUCAAAACCUUUAAUGGAAACAGGUCAGUUUUCCACAAUCAAGUAACAAAAAACAAAAAAAUAAAACAGAGUAAAGAAUAUUCAAGAACAACAGAAAGAAAAAUAAAUACAUAACAAUUUAUUUAAAGGUACACAAUAGUCACCCAGAUGACUUCAUCUCAAUGAAGUGGUCUACUUGCAGUUCCCCAGUCGCCUUAACCCUGUAAUGUAAACAUUGUAGUUUUAUGAGAAACUGCAAUGUUGACAUUGCAGCAUUAACUCAUACUGACAGCCACUUGAGGCGCUUCCACAUUACAGGCUGAUUAAAAUUCUGUCACGUGACAUGGAAAACCCCAUAGGAAAGCAGUGACAACGCUUUCCUAUGGGAAAUUUUGAAUACGAGCACAUCACUCGCCGUGCAUGUACAUUAGGUCCCCAAUGCUCCUCUCUGACAUCACGAGAGACGAUAGAUCAGCAGCACCAAAGGAGCCUCGGUGGUUAACAAUAAGUAAAAUAAAAUUAAUACAUCUUUUUUUUUAGUUCACUUUCAUGUCAACCUAGAAAAGAGUGGGAAGGGGCACACUAUAGCAUUAGGUAUAGAGAUUUGUAUUCCAAAGACAUCACGUUCCUUUAAAGAAUAACAUUUUUUUUUUUAAAUAGGAAAAGGAUAAAAAUGAAUAUGUUGACAAAAUAGAAAAUGUGAUAUGACAAAUAGAUUGACUACACAAUGUAUGAUAGAGCUAAUAAAACACAUGCAUUGAUAAAAAUAAUAAAAAUAAAUGUUGCCUAAAAAUUUACAUUAAGUUAAAAUGAAUAACUUAAGAUGAAUACAUGCAAUAUCAAUUGAUACAAUAAAAAGUGCAUGUAUCAAAAAUGUUUCAUAAUAAAAAAGCGACACAAUAACCUCUGGACAGAAUAAAUUUUGGUAAUAAAUAGAGGUAUCAAUUGACCAGGAAACUAUGCCUAGUGGAUUAAAAACAAACUAUGCCUAAUGGAUUAAAAACAUGAAAGUUUGAAAAUGCUAUAUCUCUAAAAUAACAAGAAAGAGAAACAGACCUGCAUGGCCAACCGCCGUACAAAACAGUUACAGUGAUAUGUACAAUAUGGCCAACAUGAAUAACUGUUAAGUUGGCAUUCAGUUGACGGGUAUAUAAAGUGCUGCUGUAGUCCAGCAGUGGGACUACCGCCGGUGCAACCAGUGCAGCUGCACUUUGGCCCACAGGCUGGAAAAGGACCAUCAGACCGAAACAAUUAGGGCCACCUGACUGAUGGGUAUUUCUGAACAGGGGCCAUGGACUUUUGCCAGUGUGUCCAGACCCCUGUAAUAUCAGCAGCACUGGGAGGAUGUGAGUGCAGGGCCUAAGCAAAGCCACUCUCCUGUAAACAAAAGGUAUGUUAAAGGAACACCAUAGUCACCUAAAUUACUAGCUAAAUAAAGCAGUUUUAGUGUAUAGAUCAUUCCCCUGCAAUUUCACUGCUCAAUUCACUGUCAUUUAGGAGUUUAAUCACUUUGUUUCUAUUUAUGCAGCCCUAGCCACACUUCCCCUGGCUAUGAUUGACAGAGCCUGCAUGAAAAAAAAACUGGUUUCACUUUCAAACAGAUGUAAUUUACCUUAAAUAAUUGUAUCUCAAUCUCUAAAUUGAACUUUAAUCACAUACAGGAGGCUCUUGCAGGGUCUAGCAAGCUAUUAACAUAGCAGGGGAUAAGAAAAUCUUAAUUAGACAGAACUUGCAAUAAAGAAAGCCUAAAUAGGGCUCUCUUUACAGGAAGUGUUUAUGGAAGGCUGUGCAAGUCACAUGCAGGGAGGUGUGACUAGGGUUCAUAAACAAAGGGAUUUAACUCCUAAAUGGCUUGGAUUGAGCAGUGAGGCUACAGGGGCAUGUUCUAUACACCAAAACUGCUUCAUUAAGCUAAAGUUGUUCAGGUGACUAUAGUGUCCCUUUAACAGGAGGGUGGCUAAAUAUUAUGACAUCUAAGUGUGUGUUUCUGUUUCACUCUGUGGGUAUCUGUGUGUCAUUAUGUAUGUGUGUGUGUGUGUGUGUAUCAAUGUGUGUAGCUGUGUGUCAGUGUGUGUGUGUCUGUGUCAAUGUGUGUAUCAAUGUGUUUGUCUGUGUGUGUAUUAUGUUUGUUUCUGUGUGUCAGUGUGUAUAUGUGUCAGAGUGUGUAUAUGUGUGCAUCUAAGUGCAUGUGUAUGUGUCAGUGUGUAAAUUUGUGUGCAUAUAUCUGUGUAUGUAUCUGAGUGUGCCUGUCAAUGUGUAUUUGUAUAUGUAUGUAUAUGGCAGUGUUUGUGAAUACACCCCCAGCAAUAAAAUUCCAACACUACAGGAAAACACACAGUUUCAAACAAAAGUAAACAUUAUAUACAGACAAACCCCUGCAGUCACUGCAACAUUAUAUACAAACACAUCCCUUCACUCAGACACCAACACUACAUACACAUGUAACCAGCAUUUAAAAGCCAACAUUACAUACAAACUUUAUUAAAAUGCCAAAAUUAUAUACAAAUACCCCUUCAUUCAAAUACCAACACUACACACAAAAGUACCCCCGCAUUUAACCCCUUAAAGACAGAGCUUCAAAAGCUUGUCUUUCACUUAAUGACAACAGCAUUUUUUUCAUUUUUUUGCUGUUUGCGUUCAACUGCAAUUUGCAUUUUACUAAUUUGUUGCACCAACACAUAUUAUACAUCGUUUUUUAAAGGACAGAAAGGGCUUUAAUUUGAUGUAACACACAUAUUAUUAUAAAAAAAUACAGAAAAAUGUAAACAAAAUGAAAAUUUUGUGUUUUUUUUUUUUACAGUUUUUGCAAUAAUAAUGUGUGCAUAAUUAGUGCAGGUUAAGAAAAGUAAUUAAAAAUAAAUUAAUUUAGUUGUUCUGAUUUACAGAAUAUAUAAUGUGUCUGGGAUUUUAAGUUUUUUUUGGUAGUUACAGGUCACAAAGCACAAGGAGUAAAAUAAACUUUUAAUGUGGAGCGAUCUUAGAAUUUGGUAUGUUUGUCUUGUAAGCUUAAUAGCCAUAAAAGAAAACAAAAUUGCCACACAAAAGUAUAUAUUUAUAUAAAGUAGACAUCACGGGCUAUUUACCUAAGGUUGUUUUGACACUUUCUACGUAGCCAUUUCACCGCCAACCUCUGCUAAAUAUUGGAGUAAAAUUGUGGGUUUUUUUGGUUUUUGGCACACAAACUUAUAACAAAGAAAUUCUCAUGUGUAUUUUGUAAAGUUGGUGUGUGCUAUUCCUGUACAAAGUUUUAUUUUGUGUUCAGUUACAUCUGCUGAGUAAAAUGACACCCCCAUUGUAUGUCUUUAGCACUAUUUCGUGAAGCUCUAGUGCCAUAUAGGAGACCUGUCCUUUUUUAGUAUUCACAGUAGAAUUUUGAGAGAUGGAUUUAAUGAGCCUUAGCUUCCAUUUGGGGUACUAUAACAGUUUGACUGUUCAAAAACCCCCCACAAAGGCCUACCAUUUGUAAAAGUAGACACUUCAGGGUAUCUCAUAAGGUGCAUAUUGUGCCUUAACAUACCCCCAUUUUUUCACCAAUAUAUGCCAAAGUAUGUGGUAACAAAUAAUUUUGUGCAUUUUUUACAUACGGAUUGCAUUUUUGCUGGGCGUUUUGUAUAUUUCAUUUGUGCCACUAAGUUCAAACCUCCCAAAUUAUGCUCAGCUAAGUCUUCUGAGUAAAAAGACACCCCCAAUGAAUGUCUUUGGCACUAUUUCGUGAAGCUACAGUGCCAUAUAGGCAGGCCCGGACUGGGAAAAAAAUUCGGCCCUGGCAUUUUUUUAUCACAGCGGCCCACUAAGAAGGGGGCGGGGCAGAGAGGAUGUGUUUUGUCAUCACUCAUGACAAACACGUCCCCUCUCAAAGUGAGCAUGUUGGUUCAAUGCUCUUCCAGGGCAGACCAUGCGCAGAGCUCUGCUGAAGAGCUCUAGCAUGAGAAAAAAGCCCUGUAUUUGUUCUGUACAGUGCAAGCAAAUGUAAUAACAUUCUUGCACUGUGUUUCCUUGCAACUUGUCUCUGGUGUCUCUAUAAAUUGAUACCAGGAGACAAAAGGGCCAGGAAAGAGUAUUGUGCAUGUGUUUGGAGCCUGCUUGUGAUAUUGCGUGUGUGCAGAGUGAGCUGGUCGUGGUGUGGUAUUGUAUAAUAAGGUCGGUUUUAGUCGUGUUGUGUUUGUGGUGUAAUGUAAUGCAUAUGUGUCUAGGGGCUGUAGAGAAUGUGUGUAUAGGGGAUGUAGCAAGUGUGUGCAUACAGGCUAUAGUGUGUGUGUGUGUGUGUGUAUAGGUGAUGUAGUGUUUGUAGAGAGUGUGUGUUCAGGGAAUGUAGUAUGUGUUUGCUUACAAGGAAUCUAGUGUGCGUAUAGGGGAUCCAGAGUGUGUGUGUGUGUGUGUGUAUAUAUAUAUAUAUAUAUAUAUAUGUCUUGUGUGUGUUUGAAGGACCCAGAAUAUGUAUAAGAGAUCUAGUGAGCGUGCCUAUAUAAUGGAUUCACAGUGUAUAUAGGGAUCUAGUGUGUGGGUAUGUGUGUAGAUGAUUCAGAGUUGGGUAAAGGAUCUAGUGUGUGUCUGGAAUGUAAUGUAUUUAGGGGUGCAGUGUGUGUGUGAGGGGUGCUAUGUGUAUAUAUAUAUAUAUAUAUAUAUAUAUAUAUUUUUUUUAUAUAUAAAUAUGUUUGGAAGUAUUGUGUAUGUGUGUGAUGCAGUGUAUCGGGGGGUUGUGUGUGUAUGUGAGGGGUGCAGUAUGUGUGUGUGAUGGAUGCUGUGUGUGAGGGUGCUGUGUGUGUGAGGGUGCUGUGUGUGUGAGGGUGCUGUAUGUGUGAGGGUGCUGUAUGUGAUUGAUUUGUGUGAGGGUGCUGUGUGUGUGGGUGCUGUGUAUGAUGUGUGUGAGAGUGUUGUGUGUGAUGUGUGUGAGUGCUGUGUAUGAUGUUUGUGAGAGUGCUGCAUGUGAUGUGUGUGAGAGUGCUGUGUAUAAAUGUUGUGUGUUGGGGGGUAAACAAAUAAACUAAGUGGGGGUAAACAUACAAAUAAAAAAACUAAGGGGGGUAAAUAAACAAUAAAAAAGCUAAGGGGGGUAAAUAAACAAUAAAAAAACUAAGGGGGGGUAAAUAAACAAUUAAAAAAACUAAGUGGGGGUAAAUAAACAAUAAAAAAAAACUAAGUGGGGGUAAAUAAACAAUAAAAAAAAACUAAGCAGGCAUUAAAUCCCCCCUCCCUUCUUACCUUUAGCCUGGGAGUGGGGGACAGGCACGGUGGUGUCUGGGAGGGGAGGGACCGGCACUCACACACCAUCCCUGGUGGUCCAGUGGUGAGUAAACUCUAGCCUGAGGGCUAGAGUUCACUCUCGCGAGAUCGGGGCAUUGCCAUGGCAACGCUCCCGAUCUCGCGAGAGGAACCCGGCGGAGCUGCAAGAUAGAGCUCCGCCGGGUCCUCUCCCUCCCCAGCCGCAGGUCUAUUUAAAUAGGCCGGUGAGAGAGAUCUUUGAUCUCCCCACCGGCCCUCCAUGGAAUACAGCGGGGCCGGCGCCCUGCCGGCCUUGGCCCAUGGCCACCGUGGCCCACCGGGCAUUUGCCCGGUGUGCCUGAUGGCCAGUCCGGGCCUGCAUAUAGGAGACCAAGCCAUAGCCGUUUUUACCGAACUUUGAAUUUUGAAGCUGGGCCUAUGUGCAAUUUCCAAGCAUCUUCGCAGGUUUUAAAUUCAAACUACCCCACAAAGGCCUACCAUUUCUUAAAGUAGACACCCCAGGGUGUUUCAAAAGGUAUAUUUUGAACCUUAGCAUGGGAUCAUUUUUCCGCUAGCUUGUACCAGAUGUAUUGGUAAUAAGCUUUUUUUCUGCCUUUUUGACAUACAAAGUGAGUUUGCACAGUAUAUUUUGCAAACCUUAUGUGUGCUACGACUGUAUAAUACUUCAAAUGUUGCUCAGCUAUGUCGGCUGAGUACAGCAAUACCCCCGUAUGUACCUUUGCCAGGUAUGUGUGGACAUCGGAGGGGCACAUUUGGGACACAGCCAUUCCAGUUUUUUUCAAACUUUGAAUUUUUAUGCUGUGCCUAUGUCCCAUUUUAGAGUAUUUUACCAGGCUAUAUAAUCCAAAUACCCCAUAAAGCCAUACCAUUUCUUAAAGAAGACAUCCCAGGGUAUUUCAAAAGGCAUAUUUUGAACCUUAGCGUGGGAUCAUUUUUCCGCUAGCUUGUACCAAGUGUAGUGGUAAUAAGCAUUUUUCUGCCUUUUUGACAUACAAAGUGAGUUUGCGCAGCAUAUUUUGCAAACCUUAUGUGUGCUAUGACUGUAUAAUACUUCAUAUGUUUCUCAGCUAUGUCGGCUGAGUACAGCAAUACCCCCGCAUGUACCUUUGCCAGGUAUAUGUGGAUGUUGCAGGGGCGCAUUUGAGACGCAGCCAUUCAGUUUUUUUCUAACUUUGAAGUUUUACGCUGUGUCCAUGUGCCAAUUUGGAGUAGUUUAGAUGGUUGGGUAUUGAAACUUCCCCCAAAACACAUACUAUUUAUUAAAGAAUACACCCUGGGGUAAUUCAAAACUCAUAUUUUGAACCUUGGCGUGGGAUAAUUUUUUCUCUAGUUUGUUCCAGGUGUAGUGGUAAUGAGCGUUUUUAAAACGUAUUUUUUUACUUUUUUAAACUUUUUUACUUUUAAAAACUAGUUUUGAAACUUUUGUUUUACUUAUUAAUUUUUUUAAACUUUCCUAAACUUUCUUAAAACUUUUUUACAGAUUUAUCAUUUUUGUAAGCUUUUUUUUUUACCGUUAACCCCUAACUAGCAAUAAGCAGCACUAACCGUAAAUUCCCCAUUUUCCCAUAACUCCCACCCACCCCAGCUAGCAAAAUAUAUAGUUAUAAAAUAUUUAAAUUAAUUAAUUAAAUAAAUUGAACCCCUGAGGGUUACAAAAUAAAUAAAAGCUAAUCCUCAAGGGUUAAAAAAAAUUAGAUCACAGUAUAAUACUGUGAUCUGUAUUUGAUCGCUGUAGGCAGUGAUCGACUGGCAGGGAAGGGGUUAAUUUUUAUUUGGACUAGGUAAUGGAGGUUUUUUUUGUAUUUUUUACUUAAACGUUAUUAAAACUUUUUUUAAGCUUAAUGUUUUACUUUUUAAAGUUUUUUUUAACUUUUUUUAACGUUAACCCCUAGUUAGCCUAACGCCAAAUCCCCCAAUUCCCCUCUAACUUCCACCCACCCCAGCUAGCUAAAUAUAUAAUUUUAAAAUAUUUUAAUUAAUUAAUUAAAUUUAACCCCUGACGGUUAAAAAAAAAAAGAAUUAACCCUCAGGGGUUAAAAAAAAAAUCAAAUCAUAGUAAAAUGUAAUCCCUGCCAAUUGAUCACUGUAGUCAGUGAUCAAUUGGCAGGGAAGGGGUUAAUUUUUUAUUACAAUGGGUAGAGGGGGGUGGGACUUUAAAUUAACUUUAUUUAUUUUUAUAGCAGGGGGCAGGAUCAUCACUGUUCCGGCUCCCUGCACUUCACACAUAACCAGGAAGUGCAGGGAGCCAGAAGGUAAGUAUACAGAGCACAUGUGCUCCCUCUGACUUGCGGUCAGAGCGAGCACAUGUGCUGGGUAGCCUGACCGGGUGCUCCCGGUAUGCCUCUAAUACAGAGGCAUACCGGAGCACCAUUAACCCUGCGAUCGCCGCAAUAGCGGCGAUCUGGUUUUAAUUUUACCGCGUGAUGGACGAGGUCCGUCACUCGUCAUUAAGGGUCUCCCCUCUGUGACGGACCUCGUCCGUCACCCAUCCUUAAGGAGUUUAAAGCCAACACUAUAUACAAACACGACCCUGCAAUCAAAUGCAAACGUUACAUUACAUAGAAGUACACCACUGCAUUCCAAUGGCAACGGUAUAUACAAAUACAUCCCUACAUGCACACUGCAUACACAAACAUUACAUUCACAUGCACAAACACUGCUGACAAAUACAAUUUUGCAAGGAUGGGCAAAUGGAAAAUCUCCAGCUGGCAUAGCACUGGGGGAGUUGUACGACAGAUGACGAUCUAGCUUUUGGCCACCCUUGCAUUCACAUAAGUAUUUUAGGGAAACAGCAACAGUAGAGGAUGCAGUAGUUAAAGGCCCACACUUAUCUUCCGACAGAUUUCUUCAGGGCGAGUUAAUGCAUUUAUUGAUCAAUUUAUCAAAAUGUUUACAGAGCAAUUCCAUUUCAGAUAAAUAUGGAAGGCUAUCUCUUUAAUGUGUGAGGUCAGGGAGUGAAGACAACCUUUCAAAAAUCUUAUACUAUAUUUUCUGAUGAAUUUCUGCAAGUGGGCUCAAAUUUCCUAUAUUUUAGCAAUUUGCCACUGACAUAACUAGUAUUUAAAAAUUUUUAUGUUUGGUACUGUGGUUGUCUUUUGUAUUAGAUUUCAUAGAAUGAAGUAAAGAAUUGUCGUAUGAAGUCCAAAAAGAUUAAUUGAGUGUGUAUUUGCAAAACAGUACAUUUUGGUAAAUUAAAAAUGUAAAUGCGGUAUUCAGGUUAAAAUAGUUGUUAUGUUCCUGAAAGAAACAGUCUUUUGGACUGUUUACAGUGAGGGUAAAAAGUAUUUAAUCCCCUGCUGAUUUUAAACAUUUGUCCACUGACAAAGAAAUGAUCAAUCCAUAAUUUUAAUGGUAGGUGUAUUUUAACAGUGAGAGACAGAAUACCAAAAAAAAAAAACGGAAAAAAAAACCGCAUGUCAAAAAAGUUAUAAAUUAAUUUGCAUGUCAAAGAGUGAAAUAAAAAUACUUUUUUCCCUCACUGUAGUUGAUGUUAUCUAGGGUGUCAAUAUAUUAUAUAAUUAAAUAGACACUCCAAGAAACAAAACUGUCUUUUUUUUCCCCUCUUUCUAUACUGGUUGUAGGUGUAGCAUGCCAGGGUUGGAUUAUCAUAGGGGCUGAUGCAGCUGCCGCUCCAGGCCCAUGCAAAAGGCCCAUUGCUUGAGAAAAAAAAAAAAAAAUGAACUACUCUUCACAUUAGGAUGUAGGGAAAAAAAACCUGUUGUAGACUGGCUGACAAUUAAAUUAGUCAAAGGACCACUAUAGUGCCUGGAAAACAAACUCGUUUUCCUGGCACUAUGGUGUUAAUAGGUCCCCCCCCACCCUUAUGGCCCCCCUCUAGGGGGAGGAAGUGGUUAAAAUCUUACCUUUCUCCAGCGCCUGGCUCCCUCGGCGCUGGGGACUCUCCUCCUCCUUCUGCCGUCAUCGGCUGAAUGCGCUUGCGCGGCAAGAGCCAUGUGUGCAUUCAGUCAGUCAAUAGGAAAGCAUUCUCAAUGCUUUCCUGUGGACGCUGGUGUCUUCUCAUUGUGAAAUCAUAGUGAGAAGCGCGGAAGUGCCUCUAGCGACUGUCAAUGAGACAGCCACUAGAGGCUGGAUUAACCCAUAUGUAAACAUAGCAGUUUCUAUGAAACUGCUAUGUUUACAGCAGACAGGGUUAACCCUAGAUGGACCUGGCACCCAGACCACUUUAUUAAGCUGAAGUGGUCUGGGUGCCUAUAGUGGUCCUUUAAUGUAAAGCUGACUUUGUGCACUAUGCAAAUGCUCUUGCUGCUUCAGUCUCUCUAACACUGUGGCAUGUUCCCUUUAUUCUACACUUACUACAUACACUUUUUCUCUGUCAUAAACUGUAUAACAAGACCUUCUGCCUGCUGGUAAGAAGGUUAGGAGAGGAGUGGACUAGCGAGUGCAAAGGGGCAGUCCUUAGAAAGUGGGGAGCGAGUGCAUCAUUAGAUGGAUUUAUGCCAAGCUCAUACUGUGCUAUCUGCAUAGUAUGCCCUUAGUUGGCCAGCCUGCAUGAUUGGCUGGCAGACUGACAUGCAUUCACGCCAGGCAGAUAUUUUUGGGCAUGAUUGCCCCUUUGGGCACUUCUGGUUAUGUCAUUCGCGUUAGUGGCCCACCCUUUUACCCCGCCCACCGAAAUCCUGCUUCACCGGACGCUGCUGUGGUGGUAUGGAUUUACUUGAAAGAUGAAAGCAAGACAUUAGCAUAUGGUAUGUGUUUUCUUAAAGCUAUAUCCUGUUAGUUUCACAGGAUCAGUUUUGCACCGGGGCCCCCUGGAUUGUGUGUACGCCACUGAAUGCAUCUCUAUGAGGAAAAUUCAGUUGAACGGUUGAAAUUCAGUUGACGCUGAACAGCAAUGCUGCCUACUGUGCAGCCCUGAGCCAGGAAGCAUCUCCAGUGACCAUCUGAGGAGUGGCCACUUGGAGGUGUCCCUAGGGGCAAUGUAAACAUUGCCUUUUCCCUGAAAAGGCAGUGUUUGCAUGAAAAUGCCUGCAUAUAAUGAAUAUACUCACCAGAACAACUACAUUAAGCUAUAGUUGUUCUGGUGAUUAUAGUAUCCCUUUAACCAUUGUAACAUAUGCCUUGUUUGUCAGAUAAAGAUGCAACUCAAUGGCUAGUUCUUCCAUUUUAUUUUUUAAAAUUAUUUAAAAUACAUAAUUUUCUCUGUGUGUAGUAAAAUAUCACAAUUGGUUGCAUCCAAAGUAAAAGUGACAAUAAUAACCAGUAAUUGAUACAUUAUGGAACCAAGUAGCUAUCGCAUACAAUCCAUCCAUUUCACAUGCUUGUUACAGUAUGAAAAUAGCCUCUGGAAUACUACAAGAUAUGUAGGAUUAAUUUUAUUAUAUAUAGAUAUGGUUCAUGAACAUUAAGGUGAAUGCAUUGGAGAUUUGUGCUGUGUGAGGUUUAUAUCAUGCACUAUUGUUCUCCUAUGACCCUUUAUGUGGUUUAUCUUUCUACAGGUCCAUUGGCGUUUGGAAUUAAGGUCAAGGGAAAAGAAGGCCAGCAUAUUACUUUGCCAUGUACCUACAGUGUUACAAGCAGCAGUGAUAUCACCACAAUGUGCUGGGGACGGGACAGCUGCCCCAACUCCAAAUGCAAUCAGCCUAUUAUAUAUACAGAUGGAUACAAAGUAACAUUUAGUUCAUCUGACAAAUACCAGCUCAGAGGGCAAAUUAGAAAUGGGCAAGUAUCAUUAACAAUUAUGAAUGCAAAACUGGAGGAUCAAGGAACAUAUUGCUGCCGAGUGGAACAUCAUGGCUGGUUCAACGACAUGAAACUCAACAUUGAGCUACAGGUGGACAAAGGUGCUAAUAGUAAAAAAUAAAUACAUUUGAAAAAAAAAAAGGAUUACAAUUGGGCACAAUUUCACACUAUUUCAGCACUAACAUCAUGUGAUGUCAAUAACCAACAUUUUGCACUUGACCAUCUUCUUAUCUUCCGCUUAACAUUAUAACAACAAUAUACACAGAUAUGCAUACAUUAGAUUCUAGUAAAAUUAGAAUCUGCUAUGAACACUUAACAGCCACAACAUUAAAACCACCUUCCCAAUAUCAUGUAGGCCCACCUAGUGCAGCCAAAACAGCUCUGAUACAUUGAGACAUGGGUUCCAUAGGACCUCAGAACGUUUUCUGUGGUAUCUGGCACCAAGACAUUAGCAGUAGCCCAGCAAGUUGCGAGGUGGGGCCUCCAUGGAUCAUAUUUGUUGUUCCAGCACAUCCCAUAGAUGCUCAAUAGGAUUGAGAUCUGGGGAAUUUGGAGUCUAAGGCAACACCUUGAACUCUGUGUCAUGUUACUCAAACCAUUCCUGAACAGUGUUUGCAGUGUGGAAGGUUACAUUAUCCUGAAAAAGACUAUUGACAGUGAACUUCAUUGCAAUGAAGGGGUAUGUGUAGUCUGCAACAAUCUUUAGGUAGGUACGUGUCAAUAACACCCACAUACACUCGCCAGGACCCAGGAUUUCCCAAAAGAACAUUGCUCAUAGCAUUGCACUCCUCUAGCUUGCCUUCAUCCUAUAGUGCGUCCUGCUUCCAAGUAAACAAUGCACAAGCACCCGGUCAUCCACCUGAUCUAAAAGAAAACUUGCUUCAUCAGUCCAGGCAACCUUCUUCCAUUGCUCCAUGGUCCAAUUUUGAUGCUCUUGUCCCCACGGAAAGAGUUUUUAAAUCACCAGGGACACUCUGACCAGUCUGCAGUUAUGCUGCCCCAUACGCAGCAAAAUGUAAUGACCUGUGUGUUCUGACACCUUUCUAUCAUGGCCAGCUUUAAGAUGUUCAGUAAUUUAAGCUGCAGCCUUCACUCCCCACAUGCUUCAAUGAGCCUUGGGCGCCCAUGACCCUGACAUGAUGAAGGACACUGGUUGUCCUUCCUUACACCCCUUUAGUUAGGUUCUAAUCACUGCAUACCGGGAACAUUCCACAAGAUUUGCCAUUUAGGAGAUGCUCAGACCCAGUCAUGUAGCCAUCACUAUUCGGCUCAUCAAAGUCACUCAGAUCCUUUUGCUUGUCCAUUUUCCCUGCUUCCAACACUUGAAAUUCAAGAACUGACUGUUCUCUUACUACCUAUUAUAUCCAACCACUUGACAGGUACCACUGUAAUGAUUUAAUCAAUGUCAUUGCCUUCACUUGUUAGUGGUUUUACUGUUGUGGCUGAUCAGUGUAUAUAUUUUAACUGUAACAUUACAUAAGUACAAAUUUAUUUUUCUAUUGGUAUAUCAAAAUGUAUAUAUUACAUGUAUUUUGCAUACACUUAUCUAAUAAAUUCCAUUGUGUAUAUAUAUAUAUAUAAAUAAAGCAUGACAUUGAUAUACUGGAAACUGGUUAUUAUAUUUGAAUUUAUUUUUAGCUCCUCCUACCAGAGCACCAACUACAAAACCAAAACCGACUUCAGCAAAGAGAAAAACGCCACCUCCAACAACUACAGCUGUACAGCUACUUACAACCACAUAUGGCACCAUCACCAAACUGGAACCAAAGGAUCUACCUGCAGGUACAACAUUUUAUACAUUAACAUGAUGCAGGGAUUACUUAAAGAAUGCAUUCACAGAGCAGCGCCAGUUAGUGUAAUAGUUUUCCUUAUGCGUGUACUCACAGCACAGUGCUUAUAAAUAGAUAAUUCCCUUGGCCUGAUCAAGCAAUGCAUGCUCACGCUGUACAAGUAUUUGUACAGUGAAAUAAGGGAGUUAAACACAUGAGUAGCCAAGGGAGAACUUACAGCUCCAAACAUUUACGGAGAUAGUCAUUUUUUAUUUUUUUUUAGGGACAAGGACCUUGCACCAAAAUCCACACAACAAGCUGAAGUCUUCUGGACCUUGGUGUAUCCCUUUAAUACACAUUUUUCUUAAACUGUAGCAUGAACUCAUGUACCAUAUAGCAUUUGAAAUAGAAACACGUCCUUCUUAUAUGAUGUAUUCUUCCAUUCUAUUGGGUCAUGAUUUCUGAUUUCUGUAAAACAUAUUAUUAUAAAAAGCUGUUAACAUAGAAAUAUAUAAGUUGAUCACUUGAAGCUAGGGUGCAAUAACCCUGUAACCAAUGAGUAAAAUGUGCCAUUAUAAAACAUAUAAUUAUUGGCGAGUUAGUAUUUUAUGAUGUUAACAUUUUCAGGAUUGCCAAUCUCAUGACAGCAAACCUCUCAGACAGAAACUACUCUUUAUUAAUAAAUAAUAUACAUUAAAAUGGCCUUUGUUGUUUAGGGAUUGUCUAGAUGAUAAUAUAUGUCAUAUGAUAAUAUAUAUAUAUAUAUAUAGUUAUUUUUUUUUUUUUAUGUACUGAAACACUGUAUUGAAGGAAUUACAGAAAUUCACAGAUAAAAAAAGUAUCUAAAAGUAUCAAAAUUUAAAAAAAAUAACAAAACUUUAGUUAUGUUACCAUAUUUUAAACAAGUAGCAGUCCAGAAUUUUAGAAUUUUAUUGGCUGCCUUUUUUGGUCAGAAACUACAACGGUGAUGCCAGAUGACGCAUGGAUGAAAACCACCAGUGAAGAUGUCUUUGAAACAACGGGCAUUACGGCUUCAUCGCGAUUUUCAAAUCCAUCCACAGCUGAAACUGAUGUGGACAAAGAGCAAGAAACUUUGCAUACAGGUAAAUGACUAACAAUGAGGGUUCCGAUAUGCUAUGUUCCAUUAACCACUUCAGCGCCAUGUGGUUUUAAAAAAAAAAAAUACCCUUCAGAAUCAGAGUAUUUUACGUGUCCUGGAAACCAGGGGUCAAGUCCUGGGGAAAAAAGUGUGGGAACUAACCCAAGAUCCACCCACCCCCAAAAUAAUUAUACACUGGUAUGCAUAUAUAAACGCAUGCACACACACACUGACAGGUGCACACACACACUCAGACCCAUACAUGCACACUCAGACACACACACACUCACAGACACUCAGAUACACACACACACUCACAGGCACACACAUACACUCACAGACGCACACACAUACUCAGACACACACACACAUACACUAACAGAAACACACAAAUUAUUCAUGUUUUUAAAAUUUUAAAAAUGUCCACCCAGCCUCCAUACCUGGAGAGCUGUCGUGGACCUGUCCCUGCGGUCCAGUGGGGCUUCAGUGAGGCGGACGGCUGUCUACCUGUCAGACGCGGCAAGGGAGCUGUGUUCUCUCUGAUCUGCUCCCUCGUGCCGUGCAGGCUGUCUACUGAUGCCGGGAGCUGGAAUAUGACGUCAUAUUCCGGCUCCCGGCAUCAGCAAGCGUGCGAGGGAGCAGAUCAGAGACAGCCGCCCGCUGGGGGGGUCAUCAGGUGGCCAGUAGCCCACCUCUUGGCCCCCCCCAUGACAGGGGGAACACUGGGCGGAAUUUGGGGGUGGCAUUUUUUGCCGACCUCUGGUUAGUGCCUGCACUAGCAACAGGAACGGUGUUCCUGCUGUGAAAAAAUGCAGGAACACCGUUCCCACGCGUUCCUGCAGGACUCCUGCAGGACUCGAGAAACUUAUGUUUGCAUUGAUAGCACAUUAUUUAAUAAAAACAAAAAGUAAACUGUUGGUUGGAUAGAAAUAUAUAUAUUUAUAUAUAUAUAUAUAUAUAUAUAUAUAUAUAAAAUAACUCGAUUAUCUCAAGUAGGGCUUUAAUAAGUCCUACGUGAGCAUAGAUACUCAAGAAAUCAUGUUUCCACAAAUAUCACUGAGUUCCCAGUUUGACCUGCAAAUGAGCACAGACAGAUAUCAUGUGUCAGACUUUAUAUUGCAUUUCUACAGACACCCGUAGCAAUGCACACUGUUUUAAAAACAGCUUUUUCAAACCAAAGCAUGGGCUACAAUCCAAAAGGAUCAGUGACCAGAAACCAGCCAUGGACUGCAGUUUCAAAUGCCGUUUCUGGUCUGGAAGUUAAAGUCUCUCUGAGAGCAUAGAGCAAGGUCCUAAAAAGAUUGUGUUGAGACCAAACACGAUAAAACUCCCCACAGUGCUAAUAUAACAAUUACUGUUAUCAUAUGCAUAUCUAAAGCUGGAAUUUAAGAAGUCCUUCUUGGGCAUAUGAAUGGGAAAUUGGGAGUUUAUUGUGUUUGGUCUCACUGCAGUCUUUUUGGUAUGUAACUAUAUAAUCCAUGGUGCAUGUGUCUUCAGCUGGCAAUGUCUUUCAUUAAUGAAGCUGUCAUGGUUACACAUGCAUGAGUUGGCUGAAUGAUAUUCCAGCCCACCUUCUAUUUACCCUCUCUAACCACCUUGUUUCUUUCUCUGUGUGGCACCCUCCUGCCAAAAGACUAUGGGCCCUUUAAAAACUUAUGUGAUUUCUGUACUUUUGUACUCCAUAAGGAGAGACCGACCGUUGGCCCUAAUUCCCUGGAACUGUUUUGGGCAUAGGACCAUGUGCACGGUCGGUCAAAAAUAUGACUUCUAUGGAAAUCCCAAACCCCUGAACCGAUCUGGGUGAUUUAUGGAUAUGUUGGCCCUCGCAGAUCAGGGCUAUCAGGAGAUUGUGGAGGUUUCAUGUGUUUUAGGGGUACUUUUAGGGUGUUGUUGUAUUGUUUUCUGUGCUUGAAGAUAAAUGGGUUAGAUUAGUACAGUUCCUGAUCCAAUUAUCUCCCAGGCAUAGAGGAGGGAUUAUCUUAUUAUGUAUGGGAGUGAUCUGGGUCUGAGAGCCAAAUUAAUUGUGUAUUUGUUUCUACUGUGGUUUACUCUCAGGUCCAGAGGGGAGUGCCCCUUGCAUGGGGACCUGCAUAUAAGGCCAGUUGUGGCUACCAUUAAACGAGUUCCUGCUUACCCUUAACAGAGUCUAAUCUCAUGUUUGUAGGGAACCGCUAUAACAACUAUAAUCACCAGCUCUUGUAAGAGCUACACUGUUAUACCUGCUACACUGUCUUGGAGGAGAGGCCUUCCCACUGGGAGAUGGAUCCAGGAGUUUGGUCCAGGGUGGGAAGGGAUGGCGAGACCCCAGCCAAGCUGCAGCAGCUAAUGGGCUACGGUGCUUAUGUUGUCCAGUGCGGUACUUAUGAUGCUCGGCGACAGCUAGGAAGCAGCGAUUGGCGGGGGCACGCAGUUGGGGUGCCAGGCGGUCCAUCACACUCUGUUACCAGUUUCAUCUACCUUGUUAUCAAGGCUGGACUGUGCAAAAUAAAGCUUUAAAAACAAAAUACCGGCGGACACGGCGGAGUUAGGGGUCACCUAUAAUAUACCCAUAGCAAAUGACAAAUUGAAGUACCUGGGUGUACAACUUCCCAGCGACCCAACCAAAAUUUACCAACUAAACUAUAGCCCUCUCAUACGAACACUAAUACAAGACAUGGAAAAGUGGCAGGACAAACCCAUUUCCUGGAUAGGGCGCAUACACACAGUUAAAAUGAAUAUCCUGCCCCGAAUACUGUUCCUUUUUCAGGCACUACCCAUAAAAAUACUGAAAUCCGACUUAGCUCAUUUACAAAAAGCAAUAGGCGACUUCAUCUGGCAAAACCGGCGGCAUAGGAUCUCCAGAAACAUUUUGUACAGACAGAAACAGAGGGGAGGACUGGGGUUGCCACACCUAUACUAUUAUUACUUAGCAGCGCAACUCGCCCAAGUGGCAAUGUGGCACGCACCUCUAGAAGUGAGGAGAUGGGUAGACCUCGAGUCUUUACUGACAGGAGCAGACCUCCCACAAUAUCAUAUCCCACAUAUGAUAUUGUGGGAGGUCUGCUCCUGUCAGUAAAGACUCGAGGUCUACAAGUCCCCAAGGAAGACAGACCAAUUCUAAGGACCACAUGCCCAGCCAUACUCAACUCAUUGAGGAUAUGGGAUGCCAUGGCCUUUAAGUAUAAUCUGGCUUCCUCCCCAUCUCCCCUAACACCCCUUCUGAGAAACCGAGCCUUUGCCCCGGGCAUGGCAGCGAGAGAUUUUAAAAACCUAGAAACAGCAGGCCUACAGAGAAUCUGCCAUAUGUUUGAACACGGCCAGCUUGUCACCUUCGACCACCUAAAACAGGCGACCCAUCUCACCCCCACAGAUUUCUUUCGGUAUCUCCAGUUAAGGGACUAUGUACAACACCCACAAGUACAAAGGGCCACUAAAGAGCAGCUGACUUUCUUUGAGAAGAUGUGCCUCACUGAAACGGCUCAGAAGGGCUUGAUAACCAAGUUAUACUCACACAUAUGCUCAGAAACGAGGGAAUGGGGCAGCCUGGCCUAUGCAGACGCGUGGGAAAAAGAUCUGGGUGAGGUCCUGGAGGGAGUAGAGUGGAGAGAAAUAUGGGAAGCGAACAACUCGGUCUCCAUAUGCGUCUCCCUUCAGGAGCAGUCUUAUAAGACAAUGUUCAGGUGGUACACCACACCGGCCAAAUUGCACCGCAUGAAACAAAUACCGACCGACAACUGUUGGAGGGGUUGUGGCCUUAGCGGCACUUAUAUCCAUAUGUGGUGGGAAUGCCCCCAUGUGCAAAUCUUCUGGACAAAGAUACACAAAUUAAUCAAUAGAAUUUUCCAUAAAGCCCCCAAAUUAGACCCAUGGACAUAUCUGCUUAACAGAUCUUUAGACGACUGGACAAAGAGGGAACAGAAACUGAUUCACAAGAUUACACUAGCCGCAAGGAGAGCCGUAGCGCAGACAUGGUUACAGACGGAAAUGCCACCCAUUCAGAGGGUAAUCUCUAACAUAAAAGAGGUGCACCUCAUGGAUAAACUGACUGCCCGACUAAGGGGAUCAAUGACUAGCUUCGACAAACUGUGGGGCCCAUGGCAGAGUAGCGACCUCUCUGACGACACAACACACACCUGACCCUCCUACGGCUAGAGUUGGUAACAGACGGGGAGCCUAAACACGAUAGACAUAAUCGGAAGUGUUCCACACCAUGGUGACCUGACGUAUACCCGUACCCUACCCCUCCCCAUCCCCUCCUCCUUAGCCCCUGACUCCCCCCUCCUCCCCCCCCUUAUUCUUUUCUUUCUUCUUUCUUGCCUUUCACCCUCUUUUCACUCACAAUAUCACGGGGGAGCCUGAGGACCGAACCCUACUCCCUAGCGAACGAGUCUUCCCCUGGCAGGUCCAGGGUCCCACCUCGAGGUUCGUGAGCCAGUGCUUCCUCCCCGAUAAAAACCACUACCUUAACAAACUAUGCGCUAACCUACACGGUAGGUCAUAUAUCAACUAACGUCAGAGUCAGACAUAGGACAUGCUACCCACUGGGAACUAAUAUCACUGAUGCGAAUGGGAUCCGCCCUAUUAUGCCAGGACACAGAGUAACGGGGUCACCCAAAGAAUAAUAAAUCCCACAAAGCUACACUACUAUACACCCCUGCUGAGUUACAUGGCAAUGCAACACUCUGGAAACGAAGUUCACACAGUUCCUAUGUCACCUUUAGUACAAAAAAAAAAAACCCUUGACGCGUAGCUGGAAACGUAUUACUCACGCACAUGUCGUAAUUAUCACGAUUGUUUUUCUCUUUCUUAUAUGUAUCACUGUGGUUAUCUGUUAUAUGUUUUAAUGGGCUUUUGCACAAGCCACACUGAAAAUUUCAUAGUGCUACCCUUGUCAAGAUGAAAAAAUAAAGAAAUAAAAAAAACCAAAAAAAAAAACCUUUAUUUUCUCACUUAAAAGUCAUGCCUGGGACUGCAUAGCAGAGGGAAGACACUACCCCAAUCUCUGGUAAGGUGACAGUGAGGGACAAAACACUUUAGCAUCAUAGUGCUGGUGUCUGCCCUCUGCUGUACAGCACCAGUAAUACAUUUUAAAUGGAAAAAUAAAGGUAUUUUGUUUAUAAAAUGUAUCAUGCACAUUUUGGGUGCUUCUUUCUCCCUGAUUAUUUGGCAGUCUUAACUUCGGAAAGCUGCAACACAGCCUCAGUACCUGGAUUAGUAUUACAUUAUUGGGAAACUACACUAUAAUAUCAGCCAACCACAAUAUAUAUAAUUUUAAGGCAGCGCAGUACAAUCUCAGGAAGAUGGGUUAAGAGACGGGGCAAAUUGUGUAAUUGUUCCAUCACCAAUGACAAACUGGGCAUGUCAGUUGGAUGCACCUCCAGGGCAAAAAUUCCCAUAGUUUGUAAAGCACAGUGCAAGCAAUCUAAAAGUAACACUCUAAGUAUUACUACUGCUCUUCUGUUUGGCUUCUUUUCCUGGGUCCAAUUAGAGCAGAUUAUUUUUGCCAGUGAGAGCCAGAAGCUCCUGCUGGGCACUUCCAUUAGGUCUCCUGAGAUAAACCCUACUGUGUAGGGACUUCUCAUUGAGUGAGAAUGUCAGCUAAUCGCUCUCAACCAAUGAGCUGCACCAACAGGUUUAGCUCAGGUGGAGAGCUUCGGGCUGUAAGAGAGGCAAGAACCAGUGGAUCUUACAUAAGACGUCAAACCGUUAGCAAAAGGGUGUGGGAUGUGGUGGUGAUCAGCAAAGCUCUCCUGGCACCAUAUUUUUUUGUCAUAUUGUAAGACUGCAUUGGCUUUAUAUCAUUGUUUGGGAUUACUCUCAAUAAAAAAAAGGUUAAUCUAAACACCAUAACCUCUGCAGCCUGGUGCCAGCUGUCCCCUGGUCCCAUCCAAAAAAAGUUUAAUCUUUUUCAAAUGGUUUAACUCAUACCUAAGUUCCUCUGGUGUCUGCAGUCCUUUCUGGAUAUUACUAAAGAGGAAAUUAUUAUUCUGUUGUAAUAUCAAUGUUGACCCUAUUUGGAGUUUAUUAUCAGGCUAAGAGUAUCAACUGGUGCUUAAAGGACCACUAUAGUGCCAGGAAAACAAACUUGUUUUCUUGGCACUAUAGGGUCUUUAGGUUCCCCCCCACCCUCAGGGUCCCCCUCCCGCUGGGCUGAAGGGCUUAAACACUUACCUUUCUCUGGCUCUCUCUGUGCUGAGGAACUCUCCUUCUCCUCCCGACGACAGCGCUGAAUGCGCAUGCGCGGCAAGAGCCACACGCGCAUUUAGACAGACCAUAGGAAAGCUUUUCUUAAUGCCCUUCCUAUGGACGUCAGCAUCUUAUCACUGUGAUUAUCACAGUGAGAAGUGCGGAAGUGCCUCUAGCGGCUGUCAGUGAGACAGCCACUAGAGGCAGCAUUAACCCUAGUGUAAACAAAGCAGUUUCUCUGAAACUGCUAUGUUUACAGCUGCAGGGUUAAAACCUGGGGGACCUGGCACCCAGACCACUUCAUUGAGCUGAAGUGGUCUGGGUGCCUAUAGUGGUCUUUUAAAUUACCACUUCAUAUAGAGAACUCUGUAGGUAGGCAGAUAGGGACACAAGAUGUUGCUAAUAAAUUGUCUUCUAAAUAAUUAGAACAUUUAUUACGAACAAGUAAAUAAAACUUGACUCCAUGAUCAUUAAACUACACAAGACAUCUGUUAAGGAUGGGUACUUAGUUUGUUCCCUUAAAAGGGUUUUGGUUUGGCAAUAAUGCUUUAAUAGUGAUACCCAGAGAUUUAAAGGAACACUCCAGAACUUAAAGUUAGUGAUGUCCCGAACGGUUCCAUUCGCCACGGACUCAUCAUUGAGUAAACUUUGAACAUGUACCUCACGGUCAGCAGACACAUUCCAGCCAAUCAGCAGCAGACCCUCCCUCCCAGACCCUCCCACCUCCUGGACAGCAUCCAUUUUGAAGCUGCAUUCUUAGUGAGCUGUCCAGGAGGUGGGAGGGUCUGGGAGGGAGGGUAUGCUGCUGAUUGGCUGGAAUGUGUCUGCUGACUGUGAGGUACAGGGUCAAAGUUUACUCAAUGAUGAGUCCGCGGCGAACCGUUCGGGACAUCACUACGUAAAGUACUUUAGCUUGCUGAAGUGCUUUAUGUGUGAAGAAUGUGUCAUCGUUUUCAUUUUACAAAAAGUGCAGAUUUCAGUAGAAAUUAACCUUGUUACACCCUCCUGUAUGUCAAAUGGACAACCAGUCCUGUUACUUUUGGUUUGGUUAUCUCAGUGGAGGCAGGAAAUUGCCCAGAGCACUUGCCUUCAGAUUGAGCUGUAUAGGAAGACUGUGAUUUGAUACCCACAGAAACUCUGGGCUGGAUGGGAGGCUUGGGAGGCUUACAAAAGCUGCAUUUGUUCAAAUUUAUUUUUUUAUUUGGGCAGUGGAGUGUCUAAUAACAUUUACAUUUCAUAAAGUGAUUUUAAAGGCUGCAACCAAUACAUAAGCUAUGUGUUUCUACAAAACUCCCAGAAUGUCAGGCAAGAUCAAAAAAAGUAAAACCUUAUUCAAAACAUUGAGAACAAGUUCAACAUUUUCUCCAACCCUAACAUCUGUAUCUUCUUUCUAAACUUGCUUGAGCUGGACUUUGUUCACUUCUUGUUUCUCCUUAUAUACUAUUCCUUUUGUAAUUAUUUGCUGUUUUAUAUCCUCAUUGUAAAAUAUUAAAGAGCUACAAAAUAUGUUGGUACUAUAUAAAUGAUAAUAAUAGUAAUAACAUUAAUUAUUAUUUAUAAAACAGAAUUUAACCGCGUGAGCUAUACAUGAAAGAAAUUUAUAAAACGUGUCACCAUUAUCAGUUUUCCUGUAUAGGAAAAUCUCCAGAAGAAUAGAUUGCUGUAUAGGAAGUAAUAGACAACAAAGCCACUACAUCAUGCUAUUAGCUGUAGUGACAUCUAGUGGUUAUAGUGCAAGCUGGUUGCUCUCAUUUCUGCAGUAGUUCACUCCCCUCUAACUACCUGUCCAGACGUAGCAUAUAUAGUUGUGUUCAAAAGUGUGUAUACCCUUGGCAGUGGCGUACAUACCGGGGUCACAGGGGUCGCGGCUGCGAACGGGCCCGGCCCACCAGGGGGCCCAGCCACCCUGCGACCCAGUAUGUAUGCCAGUGUGGCCAGCCUCUUCUCCUCUCCUCCCCCCGAGGCUGGCCCUGGUGUCACCCGGCAGGCAGGCUGGCAGGCACGCGAGGGAGCACUCUCCCCUGUGUGCAUCCUCUUCAGCUCCCUCACGCAAUGGCCAGCCUGCCCGCCGGGUGACACCACAGGACCCAAGGCAAUCCCCUCAGCUCUCCCAAAGGUAGGGAGGCUGGGGGGAUUACAUUUUUUUUUUAAAAACGUGUGUGUUUGUGUGUGUGUGUGCGUGUUAGAGUGUGUGUGUGUUAGAAUGUGUGUGUGUGUGUUAAAGUGUGUGUGUGUGUGUUAGUGCGUGUGUGUGUGUUAGUGUGUGUGUUAGUGUGUGUGUUAGUAUGUGUGUGUUAGUAUGUGUGUUAGUGUUAGAGUGUGUUACUGUGUGUGUCUGUUACUGAGUGUGUUAGUUUGUGUGGGUCUGUGAGAGAGUGUGUGUUUUGUAAGUGAGUAAGUGUGUGUCUGUCUCUGUGAGUGUGUAUGUAUGUCUGUCACUGAGUGUGUGUCUGUCAGUAAAUGUGUGUGUCUGUUAGCUAGUGUGUAUGCGUCUGUUCGUGAGAGUGUGUGUGUGUGUGUGUCUAAAGCACUUACAUUUCUCCAGCGCCGGACUCCCUUGGCGCUGGGGAUCUCUCCGCCCCUCAGCUCCAAAUGCGCAUGCGUGGCAAGAGCCGCACGCGCAUUGAAACCGCCCACAGGAAAGCAUUACUCUAUGCUUUCCUAUGGACGUUCAGCGUCUUCUCACUGUGAUUUUCACAGUGAGAAUCGCGGACGCUCCUUUAUCGGCUGUCAAUGAGACAGCCACUAGAGGCUGGAUUAACCCUCAGUGAAACAUAACAGUUUCUCUGAAACUGCUAUGUUUUCAGCUGCAGGGUUAAAACUAGAGGGACCUGGCACCCAGACCACUUCAUUGAGCUGAUGUGAUCUGGGUGUCUGUAGUGGCCCUUUAAGUGUAUGUGUAUCUGCAUGCACUGGUGUACAUCACAGGGGUCGCAGCCUUGCUAACCACGUGCCUGCCACCAUGUGUUGCGGCCCCAGCCCGCGCAGAGUAAGCGCGUGGGGGGGUGGGGGCACGGAUCAGUUUUCGCACCGGGGCCCCAUGGGUUGUGUGUACACCACUGACCCUUGGAGAAUUGGUAAUAUAUGUACCAUUUUCAAAGAAAACAUGAGUGAGCUGGCAAAACACAUUGCUUUUAUUUCUUAUGGGAUUCAUAUUUAACUGUAGGUUAAAACAGAAUAGCACAAUCAUAAAACAAAACAUGGCAACAAAGAAAAAAUGAAAUUACCCCUGUUUAAAAGUCUGCAUACCCUUAGUUCUUUAUAUUGUGCAUUGCCCCUUUUAGCAUCAUUUUACAGCAUGCAGUCUUUUGCAAUAGUUGUCUAUGAGGCCCCUAAUUCUUGCAGGUGGUAUAGCUGCCCAUUUGUCUCGGCAAAAUGCCUCCAAGUCAUGCAAAAUCCUUGGUCGUCUUGCAUGAACCGCACAUUUGAGAUCUCCCCAGAGUGGCUUGAUGACAUCAGUCAGUCAGUUAGGAGACUGUGAUAGCCACCCCAGAACCUUCACCUUUUUCUGUUAUUACCACUGGAGGGCCAACUUGUUGUCAGGCAUAUUGUAACCGGGCUUUUUUGUGGCAUUGGCAGAGUAAAGGCUUUUUUCUGUUAGCUUGACCAUGCAGCUCAUUUUUGUUCAAGUAUUGUUGUAUUGUGCUCCUUGAAACAACCACACCACCUUUUUCCAGAGCAGCCUGUAUUUCUCCUGAGGUUACCUGUGGGUUUUUGUUGGUAUUACAAACAAUUAUUCUGGCAGUUGUGGCUGAAAUCCUUCUUGGUCUUCCUGACCUUGGCUUGGUAUCAAGAUAUCCCUGAAUUUUCCACUUCUUAAUAAGUGAUUAAACAGUACUGACAGGCAUUUUCAAGGCUUUAGAUAUCUUUUUAUAUCAUUCUCCAUCUUUAUAAAGUUCCAUUACCUUGUUAUGCAGGUCUUUUAACAGUUCUUUUCUGCUCCCCAUGGCUCAGUAUCUAGGCUGCUCAUUGCAUCCACCUGAGAGCUAAUAAACUCAUUGACUAUUUAUACACAUACACUAAUUGUAAUUUAAAAAGCCACAGCUGUGGGAAAUUAACCUUUAACUACCAUAACCUGUGUGUGUCACCUUGUGUGUCUGUAACAAGGCCAAACAUUCAAGGCUAUGUAAACCUUUGAUCAGGGUCAUUUGGGUGAUUUCUGUUAUCAACUAUGUUAUAAUAAAUGGCUUCAUAUGAUCACUAUCCUUCAAUAAAAUAAUGUUUUGAUGAUCAGUCAUAGUUUCAAAAUCAAUGUCAAAAUUUCUGCUAGGUAUGUAAACUUUUGAGCACAGCUUGUUAUCCAGAUAGACAUUCUGUGGCCAUGUUUUUCUAGCAGCUAAACAGAAUUUAACACUGCUUUGAAGAUCAGAUUUUAUUUCUAUGCUUGCUAACGUGCAGUUAACCCUUGAUAUCAAUACAAACUGGGAAAAGAUGACUCAUUUAGCUGAUUACGCUAUGGAGGCCUAUUACAAAAAGUGGAGAAUCUGGAGGAUAUGCCCCUUCAAAUAUUACCUGUAUUUUAUAGGUGUUAACCCCAAUAUGUGACUGCUUUUGAAUUGGAGGCCACUUGGAUUGGAUGUCUACUUUUCUCAUUUUCGUUUUUCUUGUUUCUCUUUUUGUUUAAUCUCUUAUAUCUUUUCUUCUUUUUUUUCUGUCUACCCUUCUGUAUGGAUUUGCGAAGUCUAAUGUUUUAUCUUGUUGCCAUGAUUCCAAGGCACAAUGCCCUGUUAUGUUACCUUUAAUUUGUGAUUGUAUUGUCCUUUUUUCACCUAUUCUCACAUAAUGCAUUGUCCACUUUCAAUCUUCUUUUUCUUUUAUGGGGACUUUAUUUGUAACUUUGUUUAUGAAACUUUAAUACACUUUUAUUCAGGAUUUUUUUAAUAUAUGUUACAUCUCUGAAAUAAGAUUUUUUUUAACAAAUAAAGAAAUAAAAUGACAAUGUAUAAUAACUUUAAUUAAAAAUGUUGUAACUAUACUUACAGAAGGAAACACUGUGACUCAUUCACAAUCUACACACCCUGUUUGGGUAAGCACUGUGGACAAUCUUUAUCCACCCAGUGAAGAGGAUUCUGGAAAAAAUGGUAAAUUAUAGUCAGAGGAGAAAAAAAAGAUUCAUCCAAAAAUUGAUUUUACAAGAUUCAUCCAAAAAUUGAUUUUACAGUAAAAAUAUUCAGAGUGUGUCCAGAGUGACUGCCACUAGAGGCAUUACUAGGCUGUAAUAUAAACUAUGCCUUUUCUCUGAAAAAGUAGUGUUUACACUAAAAAAACCUGAAGGGACAUUAAGCUGUACUUGUUCUGCUACUAUAGUGUCCCUUUAAGGUCUAAAUAGCCCCCCCCCCAAAAAAAAAGACAGCUAUGGUUUCAGUUUGGUUACUCUGUUCCUAAAUUUGAAACUUUAGAUUUGCUUUGGAUGCUCAUUUUGGUAAAUAACCCUGUGCAUGUUACAUUGAUUUCUUCUGUAUCUGAACUUAAAGGGACACUAGAGGUACCAAUAAACUUUAGGGGUUAGGAGGGUGAGUGUGGUAGGGUGAAGUAGUGAGUGUGGCAUGGUGGGAGGGGUGGUGAGUAUGACAAGGUUGGGGUGUGUGUAAUAGGGCUGGGUUUAAAAAGUGAGAGGGAGUGAUUGUCACAAGGUUUUCAGUUCAGUGACUAUUGCUGGGUAACUGAGAGGGUGACAAUCUUUCAGGGCUUUGUAUGUGUGGACUAAGUAUGGUAUGUUGGCAGAUUGUGUAAAAACACUCUGCAAUUGCUUUUUUUUUUUAAAUAGAACAGCUGGCCCCUCCUGAUUAACUAACUGUACAGGAAUGGGGCAAAGAUACAUUCCAUGGUGGUCCGUUGGGCCUUCUGGUCCAGUGCUCUGUGAUGAUGUCAAAGCGCAGGCCGGAAAUCCUGGCGUCUGUGACCUGACUCCCUCAGACAAUGUCGGAACUGUGAGGACUCAUCAACCACCAGGGAGAUGCCAUUUUUAAAAGAUCAAAAGAUCUCCCUGCCAUCUCGAGGGGGGGCAAUCUGGCUCUGAUGUAGCACCUUCUUCAAGUGGCACCUAGGGCAUGUGCCAAACCUGUCAUGCUCUAGGAACAAGUUCACUAAGCAUGUUGUUACUAAAUUAAUAUCUCCUACACUCACAGCAAAAAGGACAGGAAACAGUAAUUAUUCCAAACAUAUCAGAUUUAACCUGGAAUACAUGUUAAGGUCUCUGCAGCCCUGAGAAAAUGCUCAAUGAAAGAAAAUCACAGACACUGCAGACACUGGGUGGGACUAUAUCUAUAUCGAUGUAUAUUAACAUAUGUCAAAAAAUAGAGAAUACAUGAACACUGAGAACUCAGUUAGUCCCUGAUCAGGUAUCUAAAAUGUUUUUGCUCACUUGUAGGAUUAGUUACACAGUCCUAGUGCUUGGUUGAGAUUCUCUGAUACACACACAGACAAUAUAUUCAAUAGACACACUGCAUACAAUACACACUACGUCCAUGACACAAUAACAGAAGCAGCAUUCACGACACACACACUGCAUUCACUACACACUGAAUAUGAUAUACACACUGCAACCACUACACAAACAGACAUUGCAUUCACUACACACACUGCAUAACAUAAUGGAUGUUGGCAUGCUUUUGGUGCAAGGUGGGGGGGGGGGUCAACAUUUCAUCCUUGGACCCAGGCAGCGCAAUGCCUUGGGCCAGCCCUGACUAUUUAGUAUAUUAGUUUGAUAAUAUCUAUUUUUAUAUACAUGAAAUAUAACCAAGGCUUUGCAUUCUUCAUGGAAUUAGUCUUUAAAUUUUGAACUGUAGGAGUGUUCAAAAUCCAAAUGGCAUAAUUUAGGCCAAAAUAGGGGAUUUGGAAAAAUGUUAUAACUCAUCCAUAGUGACAGUUUAACUAUUUCAGAUUAAUUUUGCAGUUUAUAUUUACAUAAAUACAUAUACAAAAAAUCUUAGUUCUGUAAUUAAAUCAUGCCUGUCUCCAAUUAUUUCUUGUCCUUGUGUCAAACUCCAGUCCUAUAAUAUAUCCAGCAAAAACCUAGAUUCAAUAUGUUUAAAUCUGCUUUUCAAAUGAUUUAAUAAUUUGAUAUAUUGAUAUAUUUUAUAUCCAUUAGAAGUUUUGUUCAAUUGUAAUACUUUGAAUAAAUCUUUUUAAAAGUUUGGCAAAAAAUAUUUUAAUCAAUUUAAAAGUUUAUCCAAAAUAUUAAAUUAUUUGAAAAGUUUAUACAAAAAUAUUAAAUUGAGGCCAAAGCGUGCAUUAAAGAGGGCAUAAAUCAAAAUAACGUCUUUAUGUUAAUCUGACGUGCUACAGCAUACAGUCAAUGUUUCAAUACCAUCCCCAGAUUUCUCACAAGACGUCAAGGUAAUGCGGUUUAAACAUUGCCUGUAAGAUGUUACAUUUCUGAUAAGAAUAAAGCAACCCUUUUGUUUAUUUUCUCCUAUAAGUGCACUUCUUCAUGUUAGAGAAAUCAUUUUCAGUAUAUCUACACACUAUACUGGAACAAUGCACAUAUAUAUAUAUAUAUAUAUAUAUAUAUAUAUAUCGUGCUUGUAUAAAACAUUUUCCAGAGCAGCUUUUUAUAUCUGGUCAGGCCCUGGAGCUUAGACACUGCUUGAUAUCCCUCUGUAAUACUCUAUUUUCAGAAUGAAAAAUAUUUCACGACGUAUCUUUCCUAAGGCACUAUGCAUUCGUUAAAGACAUACAUCUAACAGGAUCUUCCCCAGCAAAGUACUGAGCCUUAACUACUGCAGCAAUUUUACUAUACCUGAGCAUUAUCCUUCAAAAGGUGUUUUUAAAGUAAUGAUCGAAAAUUAAGAGACCUUGCUAUGACAAACUCAAAAUCAAUAUGAAUAGAUAUUGUAAAUAUCCAGACCCUUUACUGUGAGCAAACCCCUACAAACCUUGCACUGGAUACUGUCUUUGAAAUACAGAGAUGCAACAUUAAAGUAAAGACAGACAUUAAAGAGAACACAUUCAAUAACAGAUGGCACAAAAAAACAUUCUAUCUAGCAUGAGGUCCAAAACAACAGCGCAUCUAUAUUGAGUAGGGCACCAUUCAAACAGUGUGGACUGUUUGUCAAAAUAAGGUCAAAUGGAAAUUCAUGGCAAAUACAUAAGAAUCAGUCUUAUUACAUAAUGCUGAUCAAUAUAUGUUUCUUAUUUCCAAUGGGAAAAAAUAAGUGACAUAGGAGACUAUAUGUACAAGAAUCACCAACUGAAAUGUUUUGCGUUUGAUAAAUGUUCACAUCCCUGUUCAUUGCACUGAAUUAUUAUUAUUUUUUUUAAAUCAGACACAGAGGGUGCAUUCAGUGCCAGUCUAGAUAUCAAUUUUCUUUAUUAAAAUGAAUAAGUAUUAUUAUUAUUUUUUUUAUGAUCACCAUUAUACCAAAAUUUAGCAGUUUGGAUGCAGAUUUUGAGCAAAGAUGACCUUUUUCUCUCAAUCAAUACCUGCUAGCUAUAACUAUGCCCGAUGCAAUCCAAAAAUCCAAUACAAUGUUUUUCAAAAACAGCUUUCUUAAUACUUAAUGUUUAGGAUAGUGUUGUUCUUAAAAAGCCCACUAGUGGGCAGCAUGACAUCAUUCUUUCAACCAACGAUUAAAAUGGAUAGUGAUUUUCUUUAUGGUUUCAGUUAAUUAGCCAUAAAUGCCCUCGUUAAAGCAAAUGCUUUAAGCUUUUCCCUCCAUUAUAUUUAUAAUUACCAAACCUAAUGUAACAUACUGUAUAAAUUACUGAGCCCACUGUUUUAUAUGGAUUACACUGACGAAGUGAACGUCAUAUGUACGUAGGUGAUACUUACAUUAAACAAAUUUGUCGCCAAGGGUGAUAUUAAGGUAUCAACAAAAGGAAAAGGAAAUAGGAUAACAUUUUUAAAAAUUUUGUGUUCUUCCUGAUACCUUUUGAUGUGUAUUACAAUUUAUAAGCCUUUUGCUUGUCUCUAUAGUGUUAAUACAUUAUGCUCUGUUAUUAUAUAAUUUGAAAUAGUUUACCAUGUAAUAUCGUGAUCACCCCUUACUUAGCUCUAUAUCUGCUAUCACAAUUUAGUGGUGAACAAGGACUGUAACUUGUGAUCACUAUUUUUCUACAUGAAUUUUUGACACAAGAUUAUUAUUAUUUUAUUAUUUAUAUAGCGCUAUCACAUUCCGUAGCGCUGUACAAUGGGUCAACAUUGUUUAUUAUAACCAAAUCCAAACAAGCAUCCUUUAGAGUUGGUGCUUCUACCAACUGUGACACGGAGGUGUUAUUUAACAAGUUCAAAACCCUGAUUCCCCGACAUGAAUUACCAGUCCCUCCAUCCCAAUUCAUGUCCCAGUAAUUAAAAUAUCUAAUGAUUAAAUUGUUACCUGAAAUGUAUAGCUUUCCAAAUGUGUUGAGGUUGCACUAUUGUGCACCUCUCAACUAGUAGAGUUUGUUCAGCCUGCCCCCUCCUCUUAUCCACCUAUCUCAGUUUCAAACCACAGCACAAAUGACAAAAACAGGGCAUCACUGUGCAGCAACAGAAGAGAGAAACCUGACGCCUGAGCUUGCGAUGCAUAACUCACACUGAUCAGACUUCCUCUAUUCUCCCACUCUCAGAGAUCUUCGAACUGCACAUAUCUAAGUCUGGCAGGCAUGCCCAAUGCACUUUUUUUCAACAUUCAUAUGGAUAGGACACUGGUUAAACUGGGACCCCCCCCCCCUUAAAGUGGGUGUGCAAAGCAUUAAAAAAAAGAAAGUACAUAAAAAUUAUUAAAUGUACCUACUUUUUUUCCAGUCUGCAGGGCUUUUGAAUAAGAAAUUUUUCUCAAAGUGAUGCAUUUCCAUUUAAUAUUGUCAUGAGACACUUGUAUUGUAUGUACGUUUUUUUUUUAUUACAAAACUUCUCUGUUCUGCUCUUGAGGCUUCCCAAAUCUCCAAAUCUCCACCCCCCUUGUGUGUUACACACAGUCACAGGCAGACAGUCUCUCACACACAAACACACACACAGUCACAGGCAGACACAUAGUCACAUACACAGUCACAGGACAUCUUCUGGACACACACAGUCCCAGGCAGACUGUCACACACACACACAAACACACAUAGACACGCACAGAGCCACAGACAGUCACACACAGUCAAAAGGCAUACAGUCACACACACACACAGUCACAUACAGUCAAAGGCAGACAGUCACACACACACACACAUACACACACUCUCCACACACUCUGCCCUUCUUGUGUGUCACACACAGUCACAGACAACCUCACACAGUCACAGGCAGACAGUCACACGUACAGUCACAGGCAUAUGCACAUCAUCACAGACAGUCCCACACAGUCUCAAGCAGUCAAUCACAUACAUUUAUACACAGUCAUAGGCAGACAGUUACAGACACAUACAGUCACACACAGUUACACACAGUCACAGGCAGAUACAAACACAAUCUUUCUUUCUCACUUACAGACAGUAUGGGCUGGAGGAGGUAGCAGGGGCAUUGAAGUCCAUGGUAUGUAGUAGUUGGGGAAACAGUGUACAGCUGUAAUUUUAUCUCCGGCCCUGCCACCAAUUUAGCUCCAUACCCUUACUUGCGGCCAGGUUUUGAAACUUGUUAUUGCAUUGCUGAUCCCUGUGUAUGCAAGCUGCGUCGGCUGCCUUGGCGCCACACACCCUGCACACCCUUAAGGCCGGCCUUGGUCCUCUCAACUCCCUUCCAAUAACCAUCCACUCUAUCUGCAACAUGCCAAACCUGAGCACCCGGGAGACAAUAACUGUCUGGUUGAUGCCAUCAGAGAGACAGAUUACCCUGUCUACUCACUUAAUCAUAGAGUCCCCUGUGCAUACACAUACACUGAGACAAACGCACGCUUUUGUUUUUGUUGCUGCUGUUAUUUUCUAAGGCCAUAGGCAUACUGAAGGUGACAGCUCAUGGAGGGCUCUGCAAAUUACCAUAAUUAUCUUUUCCUGGUCAUAGGCCAUUGCAGCACAACAAUGGGUAGCUCCUCCCUAUACCUAAUUGGACAGGAACCUAAUUAAAACAGAAGGUAUGAGUAGCUCCUCUUACCCCUCCCACCCUCAGUCUUGUUUCCAGCAAUAUCCCAGGGCGCGAUCUUUGUGCUGCCAUGGCCUAUGACCAGAAAAGAAAACUACGGUAAGUAGGAAUACAUUUUCCUUUUUCCUGGCCAUAUCCAUGCCAGCACAACAAUGGGUAAUACCCAAGCGAUGACCAAGGGAGGGAAGAAAUACACAGGACUUCCAAAUUAUUAAUGGGAAGUGACAACACACACACCUCAUAAGGAAAUUAAAAACUGAUUACCCACUAUUGCCACAUUACCAAAUUGACCUACUAAAUGUACCAAAGGAUCCUUUAGGGCGACUUCCCUUGUAUGAUCCAGAUGAUUUUCUUCCCAUAGAGCUUUCAUCGUAGGGAAUUCCAAUCAUUAAUAGGCACUCUUUUGUUUGGAGCCACAGAAAAAAUUAGAAUGGCUUACCUAUGUCCCUUAGAGUCUGACCUGUUUUCAGGGAUCAGACGGAUCUGAAUCCAUAACUGCAUAAGAUUCGGAUGUUAUCCUUAGCUAUGCAAAUCUCUGCUAAAAAAGGAUUUCAACAUUAUUUGCUUGAAAUUAAAAUUGGCAGGAAUCUCUUAUCGUUCAGAUAAAAUUGAUGAAGGGUAGAAGCGGUUAUAUUCAUAUAUAUGCCAUGGAUAUGGCCAGAAAAAAAUAAUAUAUGUGUGUGAUAUUUUUAAGUCAAAUAUGCUUUAAUACAUAUAACUAUCUGAAUAGUUUUGAGAUUUAAACCUCUCCAAUUUCAAAGAUUAUUUUACAUUGUAGAUGCAACGACUUUGAGAAUGGAUGAUAACAAAAAUGUAAACUGGACGUCUGCUUUUCCAACAUCAGAGUCGGGUGACAUGAACAUAACUGAAAGGAUACAAGAUGAUUGGAAUUCCGGUAAUGAACUUUACAAAUACAUAGCUCUCUUUUCUGUAUGGCCCUUAUUUUUAACAGUGUAUGAAUUAUAAGGAAGGCAUGUUGUUAGAUCUCAAAAUGACCUAUCAUAUAUGAUAUAUAUAUAUAUAAUAAUGUUUGCAUAUUUUCCACUAAAUUCGGUCUCUGCCAAACAGGGCAAAUUGGGCAAGUUGUCUCUUUUCACUGCUACACGAAGCCUCUCUUUUCAACAUUCAAUUUCUAUUGAGCCUCCAACCUUAAUAUUUCAAUUGCCUUUUUCACAAUGCACUUACUGUAUUUUAAAUUUAUUACUACCAAAUGCAUCCAAAUGUGAUUAAUUGUGCAAUCUUUUUACUCUCAUAAUAUUUGUCUCCUUUUGUUACCCUUGACAUGUUUUUCCCUUCAUUAUCCCUACUGUCUUCCUCCCAUCAUUACAUCUCUGUCUUUAUCCAUUCAUUAUCACUGUUGCCUUUUUCACUUCAUUACCCCUAUUUCCUGUCCAUUCAUCAAUCCUGUCCCAUUUUUACCUUCAUUAACCAUUCCACUAGUAUGAUCACAAUUAUGUGCUACCUUUCUACAUUUAUUGCUGCUUACUCCCAUAGUACUUUUAUCUUCUUAAUUUCUGCAUCACUUAAGGGAGAGGUAAGUUUCUCCCUAGGGACAUAUAGGCUAUUAUUUCUUAAAAAUACACACCGUUUAUCCUACCAUAAUCUGAUUAGCUAUAUAUAUAUACAUACACAUAUAUACAUAUACAUAUAUAUAUAUAUAUAUAUAUAUAUAUAUAUAUCUUAAAAACCAAGUUAUGGUGUGGAAGAAUAGUGAUUGAAAACCCCUUCCACAUGAAGUCUGUGGAUAGUCAAUGCAAUGUUAAACAAAAAUCUGCACACCAGUCAAGCCAUAAGACUUGAUUUUCCCACAGAAAUCACACAUUUGCAGUGAUGUUACUACCGCAAAGGAUUCUGGGUGGGCAUAUAUAAAAUGAGGCAAAAAUUUGACUUUCUGGAUUUAAUUUGCAUAUGCCCACCCAGAAUCCUUUGCGGUAGUAACAUCACUGCAAAUGUGUGAUUUCUGUGGGAAAAGCAAGUCUUAUGGCUUGACUGGUGUGCAGGUUUUUGUUUAACAUUGUAUUGACUAACCACAGUUUUCAGGUGGAAGGGGUUUUCAAUCACUAUUUUUCCCCACCAUAACCUUGUUGUUUUUUUCUUCCCAAGCACCACCAAGACUCAAUAGCAAGCCAGUAACCAACCUCAUGCUGAUGAUUUGCAUUAACAAUGAAAUAGCUGUCCAUGAGUGGUUCACUGGCUUUGCAUAUUUUCCUAAGUUGUGUUUCAGAGCUGUUGUAUACAGCAAACACAGAUGAAAAGGAAUCCAUGUUUAAAAUGGAACGAGGCAAAAAUGUGAUUCUUUGUUAAACUAAUUUGCAUAUGCCCACCCAGAAUCGUUUGCAGUAGUAACAUAACUGUAAAUUUAUGAUUUCUAUUGGAAAAGCAAGUCUUAUGGCUUGACUGGUGUGCAGAUUUUUGUUUAACAUUGUAUUGACUAUCCACAGACUAUUUUAUAACAUUUUUUUAAAUUAUAUAUAUAUAUAUAUAUAUGCAUCGAGGCAUUUUUGUUUCAUUAUUUGUGUUUUUUUUCCAUUUGGUUUCUCAUAGAUCUCUUCUCAGGAAACAAUGUACAGGAGAAGAUGGUGAGAUUUCUAUAUUUUAACUACUUUCACUAGCAAUUUUUUUAUUCAGAGCAUUUGUCAUGAAAAAGUUAGAAUCACACCCACAGAUUUAUACACACAUGAUAUUCAGGAAAAAACUGUUUUGAAGUCAAAUAGAAUUGGAAUUAUUUUUGAUUGGUUGUUUUGGACUAAAAUUUAAAAUUUAAUUUGAAUUCACUUUCAAUCUCUGACAAUUCACUGUUUGUUGAAUAACCCUGUUCUAGUUUGUAACACCAAAAUGUGAGACAAAAAAAAGCAAUGUUCGAGCAGGGCAGGCAAUGUAGUAAGCAAGGGUAGGGCAACAUCUAAAACUAUACAUUAGGGAAAGAAGUAAUAAGGAAAAUUCAUUGAACAAAUCAGGAACCAGAAAAAAAUGCGACUGUUAAACUGUCUAAUCAUCAAUUAAUUAAACUGAAUGAAAAUAUGUAAUAUGAAAAGUGUCUCUUCACAAUAUUGCACAGCACUGACAAUUCUGGGGAAAUUACAGACAUGUACAAUUGGCAAUAAAGAACACGUUAGUGUCUGGAUACUCAUCUCUAAUUUGCUCUCAAGAAGAAAUCAUUUUUUAAAACAUAUUUUAAUCCCUUAAGGACACAUGACAUGUGUGACAUGUCAUGAUUCCCUUUUAUUCCACAAGUUUGGUCCUUAAGAAAACAAAUAUUUAUUUAAUUGCAUGCUUGGUCAACUCAUUGAAGCACAUACUUGAGUGCUCUUUCUAGGAUACAACAUACUUGGAAGGUUUUGAUGCAAGACGGGGAUGGGCGGGCCAGAAUGAGGCUUUAAUAAGGGACAAGUCCAUCUCCUGCUGCCUCUCAUGCCUCCCUAUAAAUGUGUGGCUUUCCUUUACGCAGCAGAAGCUCUUUAGUGAUAUUUUUCUGAAACCCGGGUUGGUGAGCCUGGAGUCUGAAUUCUGGACCAUUCCACCUAAUCCAGGACUUUUGAGGAAUAUGAUAUAAUUUAGGAGUCUGUUUUGAACAAAUUACAACAUUUGUGACCAAGAAUAAACAUGGAUUUAUGGACAGAAACAUCAAAAAUACAUUUAAUCUCUUUCUUUGAUAGUUAUGUUAGAUCUGGUUUAUUUAUAUUUUGAAACGUCUUCUGAUACAGUGCAAUGGAGGUUACCGCUCUACAUUAUGGCUUUGUCAAAUAGCAUGCAGAAGUGUAUGUAAAUCCCAGCCAAUUUCUAUACUAUUUUUGUUUGUUUUGAACCAGUUUAUUAUAGCACUGUUGGUAAAAGCCAAUUUAAAAAUAUAUAUUUUUUUGUUAAGCAUCUUUUUAAAGGUACUUCAAGUUCUAAUGAGAUGUUAGAAAAUGCCUCCUUGUUUUGUUGUAUAUCUAAUCGAUCAUGAAGUGAUAGCACAACGGUAGUUUAAUUUCAAGUUUUACACAUCCCAUGAGUUUAGAAUGACUUAUAAAAAAUGCUACUGGGUUUGAUUUACAAAUGCAUUGCAGACUGUAUUUUAGAAAGUUUUCCGUAAAGCUGUUGAGGGAUAAAAGCGAGGGGGGAGGUGUCUUUAUAAAUGUAUGUUUAAAGCAUUUAAAAAAAUAAAAUAAAAAUACAAAAUAUAUAUAUAUAUAUAUAUAUAUAUAUAAUAUAAAUAUAUCCUUAGGGAUUACAUGAUAACUUUGCUACACUCUAAAUUUUGUUACAUUUUUCAUUUUAAUAUAAUUAUUCUUUCAUUAAUUUGUGAAAGGAAAUCCAUUUUUUGUAAUUUACAUAUAUGUAAAUGUUCAAAUAUUGUCUGACCAAAGGUUUUUUUUUUUUACCUAACCUUACUUAAAAAAUCUAUUUCCUUUCAAAACUUGCUGAAAGAGGAUUACUAUAUUAAAAAAAUUGUUUUGAGGUGACAGUUGUCCUUUAAGCCAUUCUUGUUUAACCCCUUAAGGACCAAACUUCUGGAAUAAAAGGGAAUCAUGACAUGUCACACAUGUCAUGUGUCCUUAAGGGGUUAAAGGUCAGCGUGGUCUACCUACAUAUGAUGGUUCGCCUGUUUCUUCCACUUGUGUAGCUUUCUAUGGUGGAGGAGGGCUAUUGGUCGUAUUCAACAUGGGCAGGUUUCCUGACAUUGAGCUCUGACAGUGAACCUUUAGUCAAGCAAUGCAAGCAAGGGCAAACGGUCCCAUACUGGAAUAUGGAUUAUUAAUUAUUAUUAUUAAAUGGGAUUAUUAAUUUAACCAUUUAAAACAAACUAUAUACUGUUGAUCCAGUAAAAAAUAUAGAGAGGUGACUGAAGGUUAUAAGUAUGAUGCCUCUAAUCAGAUGCAUGUGCUGCAUGAGAAAAGAUUAAAUAACAGACACAGUUCAUAGUAAUUACUACUUUUUAAAUAUUCCUGCAUGCAUUUUUCUUGACAGGGUCACUUUAUUGACUCUUAAUUGACUAUUGCUCAGCUAUUGAUUUGUCUUGCUUCUCUAUUAGAAAACGGAAAAUUCUCUUCACAUUGUACUCAUCGCAAUCAGUCUAUCUGUGAUUAUUGUAGCGGCUGUUAUUCUCCUGUUACUGAAAUUAAAAGGUAAGUGACAGCAGACAGUAGUUUUGUUUAAUUUAUAUGAAUUCACAGUAUUGAAAGGUGCACUUAACUUUAUGUGAGUUUCCAAGCACAUCCUGAGGUCUAGAUUCUACUUUUACAUACUAUUACUAUUAAUAAUACUAUUGGAAUAAUAUAAUGAAAUUCUAUAAUAUUGGAAGACUAAAUGGAUGAAUUAAAGGGUUUAUCAAAGCACCAUGAUCACUUCAGUGUUUUAAAGUGGUCAUGGUGCAAGGAACCUGUAUUUGUAAUGUUUCAAAUCUUGUCAUUGCAGCUAGUGAGUUAGUGAAGGUGAAUUUUCAUCAUUGUAUUUAAAAGGGGAUGACCACAAGGAUUAUAACAACCGAAACACAAUAUUUUACUAAAACAUAGUUUUCUGGUUGGUUUAACCCUUUAACUUCAUCAGCAAUUGCCACUGUGAUUCUGACAUACAACUCUGGGUAAUCUUAGUUGCUAUGUUACUGAAGUAUGAUCAGCAUAUGUUUGUAUCAGUUUAUGGCGGCAAUGCCAUCCUGUCUAGUUGAUUUACUAGAGCCAAAUGCUGUAUACUUCACUACAAUGGACAAUUAAUUCCCAUUUAAGAAUAAUAACUACUAGAUGCCUAAGGGGCAAUGUUGGUCUUUAUUUGCUACUAUGGAAUGCAGUAAUAAACUAAUUAUGUGAAUUACAUACUUAAAGUGUCAAGUUUAAAAUGGGACACGAGUAAAUGUGCCUGUAUUUUACAAGCUGGUCAGCUCAACCCACAUCCAUGUCUUGUAUAUACUAUAAGUUAUUAAUGAUUUCUGUAUUACUUAUUUUAAAUACUAAACAAUGGUUUUUUUUGUAUCCUCAAUUCAUACUUAGUGCAAAAAGCUAGGAGAAUGCCAGUAUAUCUUAGCUAUAUGGAAUACAUUAACAGCAUUUAAUAUUUCUCAUUAUCAGGGAAACAAAGAGGAAUGUAUCCUUUCCAAACAGAUCCCAGGUAUGUCAUAUAUCAUCCUUGUGUAUGCCUAAAACAACAGAGGCUUCUUUUAACCCAACCAAAUGCAUCUUAUUUGUGUUGUUCAUGAAUGGGAGUGCAUAACUGGUUAGUAUGUGUGCUUAUGUUUGCUCCUACAGCAAGUCCCACUGCACAGAAUUGAGGAAAACAUGUGAUAUUAGACAUAUGGAGAAAAAAAGCUUGCUGUGUAGAAUCUUUAACACUUUCAAUACCAAAGUCAAGUACGAACAUUUUUAUUUUAUUAUGCAAUAUAAAAUGUAGUCUAUAAAGCCUCAUCACUAACAGAGAAAGUUUAUACUCCAGUUUUGAUAAGCCUGUAGAGAAAGCAUGUCAAACUCAAAGGCUAGCAUGGCCCAAAUAAACAAGGUUUAAGUUAAUGUGGGCCGCAAAAAAAAAAAACAGACUUAAAGGGAUACUGUAGGCACCCCGACCACUUCAGCCCAUUGAAGUGGUCUGGGUGCCAACUCCCAUCACCCAGAGGAGCCUGAACCAGCGCAGAGGGCAUCAGCGCUGGAUUCAGGUAAGUGUCUGUAGGGGUUUUAACCAUAGGCGUGCGCAGCCUAUUGCAUUAGGGUGUGCACCCUAAAGCACAAGCACACGCCGCAUAUAUAUGUAUGUGUGUGUGUAUAUAUAUAUAUAUAUAUAUAAAAAACAAAAGGGGGUUGGCUGCACUCACCUUAACAUGCAUAAAUGGGGGUGCUGCUGGGGGCCAAAUAAUACAAAACACAAGAUCCAGCGCACUCACCUAUCCACUAAACAGCAACUUCAAUAUUGAAAGAUUUUAUUUGUUUUUUUAAAAACACCUAAUCUAGGCAAAAAUAAUGGGGGUUUAGUUACAUUAUAUGAUCAUACAUUGCAUAAGCCUGCCACAACGUCAAUGUACCCCAUCUUUGGCAGGUCCUACACUAACAGCCUAAUGUCUGCUCUUAUGAGAUUAACCUACUUGGGGAAAGAAAUUCCAUCUGGGGCUCUCUGCAGUACAAGGCUAAAUAGGGCCCUGGGAUGAGGCACCUGUGACAGGGAGGGGUGCAAAACCAAGGAGUUGGCUAGACUCCCAAAUAUAUAUAAAACAAGAGGGGGUUGGCUGCACUCACCUUAACAUGCAUAAAUGGGGGUGCUGCUGGGGGCCAAAUAAUACAAAACACAAGAUCCAGCGCACUCACCUAUCCACUAAACAGCAACUUCAAUAUUGAAAGAUUUUAUUUGUUUUUUUAAAAACACCUAAUCUAGGCAAAAAUAAUGGGGGUUUAGUUACAUUAUAUGAUCAUACAUUGCAUAAGCCUGCCACAACGUCAAUGUACCCCAUCUUUGGCAGGUCCUACACUAACAGCCUAAUGUCUGCUCUGGCUGUUAGUGUAGGACCUGCCAAAGAUGGGGUACAUUGACGUUGUGGCAGGCUUAUGCAUGUGGGUCAGUGGGGAGGCAGGCUGAGAACAGAGUCUCUGCAUGAGCCGACAGGGGAGAUCCUGAGAUCUCCCCUGCCGGUCUCAAUAUACAUAGACGUGCCGCGGGGAUUAUGUUUUUUUUUUGUGCACGCCUAUGGUUUUAACCCCUUCAGCGACGUGGGAUGGGGGGGGCGAGGUCUCCCUUCCUGCUCCUCACUGCUCCCUCACACGUGCAUUUAAGUGAUGCCGGGCUGGAAUAACAUCAUAUUCCAGCACCCGGCAUCACCACAGAGGGCGGCUGUGAGGAUAUUUAUGGGGAUUAAUUAUUAUUAAUUAAUUUUCAUUAAUAAAAAAUUAUAUUUUCAUAAAAAUUAUUAAAAUUAAUAAUCUUUAUUAAAAUAUCAGGGCUUGAUAUUUUAUUGGCACUUAUUCACAAUUAUUAUUUAAAGCGAAGAGUUUAUGCACUAUUUUAACUCUUUAGACCUGGAAUACGUUGUUCAAAUUGAAUAUUUUAUAAAAAUUAUAAUAUUUAUUUUUGUCAAUAAGUGUAACUAUACAUGGUAAUUAGUGAAUAGUUUUCAAUAAUAUUGAACAAGAUAUGGCAUAGUACAGUAUCACAAUCUCAGUAACAAUGUUAAAUUUUUUAAAGUGAAAGAGCUUAUUAUGUCCAAAGCCCAAUCCAAGCAGAGCUGGCCAUUCCAGGGAGCUGAGGUAGCCCUAUACCAGGACUUGUCGCCCCUCACACUAGAGGCUCACAGGGCUCUAGGGCCGAUAACCCAACUCUUAAGAAGCCGAAAUAUACCAUAUAAAUGGGGCUUCCCCUUUAGUCUGCUAGCCCCAUAUGAGAAUGAAUGGGUACCCGUGAGAUGGCCAGAUGAGGUACCAGUAUUCCUGAGGAGACUAGGCCUGCCGUACACCAAGAUGGCCGACUGGAUCCCGGGGCCGCUUGAACAACGACCUGCCCCCAUGGCGCAAAGAGCCGCUCGAAGACGCAGAGAGGACUCACCGCGCAGCCCACCAGCACACUGGCCUCGAAACCCGGCCCAACACGCCGAAUGUGCGAGACACCGGCCCGAUAGGCCAAUAAAAGACCCCCCUUGAAUGGCAGUGAGGGGACACCGACAGACGAACACCUGGGGACGAUGGCCACAAGACCCGCUCAGAUAAGUACUUGUACCCCACUUUGACUUGCACUGACCAACGACUUAAGACUCUAGACUCAUCCCUUCCGAGGCUCACCCCACCACGGGGCACGACAUGCGAUAGAUUCGAUCCGCCCACUACUGACUGCAAACACGUCCCCGACACAGCACAGACCGCGCCUGGGGAAUGAAAACCAAGACACGCUGAACAGCUAUUGGGGAGGGGGGUUAAGGGUGAAGGGGGACAAUGCAGACCUCUGUGGAGCAGAAGAACCACAUAGCCCAGAGCGAUAAUAUCCUGGGUGAGAGGGCAUCAACCAUUGCCACUAACCUAGCUGGACUGCUGGGAGCCGGGAGAGGAUGCGGGUGGGAGAACCGGACUCAUCGGCAGGCCAACGGAGGAAGCGGGGGGGGGGAUACAGCAAAAUUGAAAGUGAGCAUUAGAAAGGGGAAGGCUAUAGAAACAAGGUGGGAGAAAUGGGGGGGAGGGGGAGGAAAAGGGAAAAGGGGGGAGAAGGGGGUGGGAAAAAGAAAAAUGGGGAAAAAAAUGGAAAAAAAUGUGUUGAACUGGAUAUGCACAAUAUUCUUCAUGAAACAUAGACCACACAAGUCCACACGAGGACUAACAAGCACAAAACCCCACACCGAACAGCAAGGGUUACAGGAUCGAGCUGCCGAGAGAGGGGGACCGCACCGACACGACAUAAGAGAUUAAUAUAACAGACCCCAGACGGAGAUCAUACAUUAGCACAUAGAAACAUAGAAACAUAGAAUGUGACGGCAGAUAAGAACCAUUCGGCCCAUCUAGUCUGCCCAUAGAUGGGCCAUUCGGCCCAUCUAGUCUGCACAUAACCCCGACCACAGAGUGCACAACUAUAGGUUCACACCCGGCGGACCAGGAGCCCAGUUGAACACCACGAGGCACACUCACAUCACCAAUUCUGCUAGCAAGGACCACGACCUGAACUAGGCCCGAGUAUACCAAGACUACUGAGGGAACCACGGCAGCAGCCGCUCUGGUAACUACCGUGUAGUGGUACGGCUUUGGACAUCCACCCAGUUACAAAGGACUCUACCUGAACUAGGGAGAGACAAGACCACACACCAAUUGAGGGGGCACACACCCACCCUCACCAACACACACCACAACAACAAGAAACAAGACACAUAACUCCACCCGCGAAAAAGGCAACACACCACAUUACUCUGCUCCCCUCUGGGUUCCCAAACAGCUACCUCUAUCUAUCACGCAUAACGGGCCCGCGCCUGUUGGUCCCACCCCCGUACUCACCCAACCGUGCUGCUAGUGGUCCGGCGGGCUUGGGCCCCCGGCCCGCAAGGAGGGAAAAAGACAUAGCACUUUCCCGAGGUGAGCAUACCGUCCGAAAUGGCUUACUCCCAAGCACCUCUGACCAUAAUAACACAAAACUGCAGGGGACUAAAUGCCCCAGAAAAGACGACUCACCUGUUGAGAGACCUCAAGAGACUCAAUUGUCUCAAUUGCUCUCCUACAGGAAACCCUCCUGAGCGAACUCACUACUUAAAAACCGACACUACCCACUGAACUUCUACAGCAACCAUCCCACGAUGAGGAAAACAGGAACAGCUAUCCUGAUCGCUGCCAGCCUCCACUUUGCAGCUACAGAUCACCUAGUGGACGUCGAUGGAAGGUUCCUCUUUGUAAAAGGGGAUAUGGCCCGGGAAAACCUAUACAAUAGCAAACAUCUAUGCCCCGAACUCGGGACAAGCCAGCUUUAUUCGCAGAACACUGAUGAAGCUGACCAAAUUCUCAGAGGGAGUCCUGAUAUUGGGAGGGGACUUGAAAGUCUCACUAGACCCCUUGGCAGACACAUGGCAGAAACCUCAGGCUAAUAGACACAUGGUGUAAGCUCCACCCUGUAGAACGGGACUUUACCUACUACUCCACACUACACCACCGAUACUCCAGAACUGACUACAUAUGCAUACAGCAGGAGGGGCUCACCUAUCUCAGGAACGCUGACAUUCAACCCACACCCUGGUCAGACCAUAGUGCGGUGAAAGUGGAAAUGGAGUCACCCUUGUACCGCCGGACCAGGACGGCUUGGAGACUCAAUGAUUCCCUUCUUCUAGACGAACCGAUGAGAGCGCAAAUUACUGAUCAUGUCAGUAUUUUGAGGAGAAUAACACCGAUGACCUGUCAGACAUGACUAUCGGGGAAGUGCACAAAAGUGUCCUGAGGGGGCACCUAAUACGAAUGGCAACACAGAAGAAAAAGGAAGCUGGAGAACAACUAAGAGACCUCACCCAACAGAUAGCAGACCUGGAACAGAGGCAUAAAAGGACUCAACAAGACCAGACAUAUAGGGACCUAAUCACGAAAAGAAGACAGCUCACGGAGAUAAUAGAACGCAAGCACGCUAGACAGGUACAACGCUCAAAAGCUUUCUUCUACAUGCAUGCUAAUAAAGGAGGGAAGCUACUCGCCCAAAUGCUAAGAGGUCCGCAGAACAAGGCCCAGGUACACACCCUGCGAACCAGACAAGGCAGACUAACGCAAUUCCCGUAAGAAAUCGCGGACGAAUUCAGGUCCUUUUACACAAAAUUAUACAACACCACUGACAUAAACGGAGACCCCGACACCGCACAGAAACAAACGGAAACAGUGAGAUACUUGCAGGAUUUCAACCCCGACGCCCUCACCCCGGAAGAAGCAGAAACGCUAGACGCACCAGCUUUAACCCCUUAAGGACUGGACUGUUUUUGCGAUGUUGUACAUUUGCGACCAGGAAUAUUUUUACACUUUUGUGGUGUUUGUGUUUGGCUGUAAUUUUCCGCUUUCUCAUUUACUGUUCCCAUACAAAUUAUAUAUUGUUUUUUUCAGGACAAAAUGGGCUUUCUUUACAUACCAUUAUUUAUAUAAUCUCAUGUAUUUUAAUUUUAAAAAAAUACAAAAAUCUGAUGAAAAAUUGAAAAAAAUACAUGUUUUUUGACUUUUACUUGAAAAAUCUUUUACUCAUCUACAAAAGCGAAUGAAAAAAACUGCUAAAUAGAUUCAAAAUUUUGUCCUGAGUUUAAAAAUACCUAGUGUUUACGUGCUUUUUUGCUUUUUUUUGCAUGUUAUAGGGCUAUAGGUACAAGUAGGAUAUUGCGGUUUAAAACAUACAUUUUAAAAUUUAUCAAUAGUGACAUUGUAACACUAUUAUCUGUCAUAAAUCUCUGAAUAACACCCCACAUGUACAUAUUUUUUUUAAAGUAGACAACCCAGGGUAUUCAAUAUGGGGUAUGUCCAGUCUUUUUUAGUAGCCACUUAGUCGAAAACACUGGCCAAAGUAAGCAUUCAUAUUUGUUUGUGUGUGAAAAAAGUAAAAAAACUAAAUUGAACGCUAAUUUUGGCCAGUGUUUGUGACCAAGUGGUUACUAAAAAAGACUGGACAUACCCCAUUUGCAAUACCUUGGGUUGUCUUCUUUUGCAAAUGGUAUGCCAUCAUGGGGGUAAUUCUCAUUCCUGGGCUACCAUACGCUCUCAAAGGCAACGUAACCAACCUGGCCAUUUUCAAUGUAAAAAUAUUUGACCCAUAUAUUUGACCUUGUAACUUUCAAAAAUGCUAUAAAACCUGUACAUGGGGGGUACUGUUUUACUCGGGAGACAUCGCUGAACACAAAUAUUAGUGUUUAAAAACUGGAAAACGUAUCACAACAAUUAUAUCAUCAGUAAAAGUGCUGUUUGUGUGUGAAAAAUGCAAAAAAAGUAACUUUCACUGACAAUAUCAUCGCUGUGAUAUGUUUUACUGUUUUGAAUCACUAAUAUUUGUGUUCAGCGAAGUCUCCCGAGUAAAACAGUACCCCCCAUGUACAGGUUUUAGGGUGUCGUAGAACGUUACAGGGUAAAAUACAGUGCUAGCCAAUUAAAUUCUCUGGAAUUUCGGCCUGGGUUGGCAGGCAGGUCCCUCAAAUUGCAAUCAAUAAAAUUACUGAAUUAUGUAAAAAUAUUACAUAAAUACGCACGUAGAAUUUAAAUAUAUAUGCAUAUUUAUAUAUUUGAAGUCUACGUGUAUAUUUAUAUAAUUAUUUAUGUAAUUUUGUAUAUGGACGUAUGUAUAUUUCUUAUUAUUUUUAUUUAUUUUUAUAUACAUAGAUAUAUAUACAAAUUCAUUCUAAGUGUAUUUUGAUAUAAAUAUAUAUAUAUUAAUUUUAAAAUACAGUUAGAAUAAAAUUUCAUAUAGCUAUAUAAUUUUUUUUAAAUUUUUUAUUAUUAUUUUUAAAAAAAAAUAUUUAAUUUAAAUUACUUAUUAGUUAUAUUUUAUAAUAAUAUAUAUAUACAAUAUAUAUAGUUAUUAUAUAUAUUAUAUAUAUACGUGUGUAAUUUAAUUAUAAGUGUAUUUUUAUAUUAAUAUAAGUACAUAUUAAUAUAAAAAUACACUUAGUAUGACAUUAUAUAUAUAUGAUAUAUAGACAUAUAUUAUAUAGAUAUAAUAUAUGUCUAUAUAUCAUAUUUAUACAUAUAUAAUUAUUAUUAUUUUUUUUAUUACCAUUAACUUUAAUUUUUUUUCUGAUUUUACAGUUGCAGGGAGACUGCCUGUCAGUACAGGCAGUCCCCCUGCAGGCAGCACUAUGGACACCUAUUGUGACCAUGUGAUCGCUGUGUUAAGCGAUCACAUGGCCACAGGGGUCCUAAUCUGCCGUGGGGAGACUGUCUGGGCUGCAGGCAGUCUCCCCACAACCGGAGGAACACUGAUCGCCGCCGGGGGAACGACGGCGAUCAGGUAAGUAGCCCCAGACCGUUUGGACGGUUCAGGACCGUCAUCGGUCCUCAAGGCAAAAAUGCCGAUGACGGUCCUGAACCGUCCUCGGUCCUUAAGGGGUUAAAGACAGCAAAAAAUGGAAAAGCACCCGGCCCAGACGACUUUCCGGUAGAAUACUACAAGAAAUUCAGCGAUGAACUGAUACCGAAACUAGUAGUAGCACUAAACAGCCUAAGAGACGAUUACGGGGAUCCCGAAACCGGGCAAAAACACUGAACAGGUGGGAAACUACCGCCCGAUAUCCCUCAUCAAUACGGACGUAAAACUUUUCUCAAAGAUACUAUCAUCCCGACUACAGACAUAUAUGCCAAGACUGACCAGACAGGUUUCAUCCUGGGCAUGGAGGCCAGAGACAGCACCCUCAGCCUCUUUGUGAUCCAACACACAGCAAAACAACUAAAGAAAAAACUACUUCUGCUAUCCACGGACACAGAAAAAGCAUUUGAUAGAGUGAACCCCUGAUUUAAUAGGAACUUCGGAGACCAGAGGCAUAGUAGUGGGUAAUGUAAUGAUGCCCACUCUUUUGGUAAUGUACAACAUACAUCUCUCAGUACAACCCAUUCCAACAUUUCCCCCUUUGCACAGUCAAUAUGAGGAUUGUAAUUAAUAAGCCAAGGAAAUCCUAAUAUGAUGGGACAAAAAGGAGGAGCAAUUAUUUGGAAUGUUAUGUCUUCCUUAUGUAAGGCACCAAUGGAAAUGUUAACAGGCAAGGUUUCGUAGGUAAAGAAGGGUUGACAGCGAGGUCUCCCGUCAAUAGCCUCAAUGGCCAGAGGUGAUGAUCUCUACCUGAUAGGUAUAGAAUAUUUUUUGACAACAUUUACGUCAAUGAAGUCUCCCGUCGCACCUGAGUCCAUCAGGGCUUUGCAUGAAAUGUUCUUCUUGAUACAUUUGGCCAUAAUAUCAAGGAGGAAUCUAUGUUUGUUAUUCCCAGAGGACAUAUUCAUCACACCUAAGACCUUAGGGUUCUUAGGUGCGGAAGUUUUCUGGUUGUUUGGGACAAGCACUCCUCAUAUGUCUUUUUUUUACCGCAGUAUAGACAUAGACCCUCUUUUCUCCUAUAUUGUCUUUCUGCCACUGACAGUCUAGUGACCCCCAACUGCAUAGGUUUGGUUUCGGACUGUACAGAGAGGCCAGGAACAACAGGUCUGGAGAACCGAGGUGCUAAUAACAUAGCCAUAUGUCUGGUUCUAUUUCAGGUAGUUUCUCUGGUUCUAAGUCUAUUAUCAAUCUGCAUGACAAAUGUGAUAAACUCAUUUAAUCUUUUAGGUAGAUCUUUGGCAGCAAUCUCAUCCAGAAUUGCAUUGGAUAAUCCUUUUUUAAAUGUAGAGAUUAACCAGCUAUUAGUCCAGUUCUAUUCUAGCGAAAUUCUAUGGCAUAAUCUGAGAUCGACCGGUUCCCUUUGUUUGAUAUGCAUUAGGGCAGUGGAGGCGUCAUCCUCCCUGCCUAAUGGUUCAAAUGUUAAUUUGAAUUCCGCAAGGAAUUCCUGGUAAUUAUAUGCAAUACUCCUAUUACUCUCCCAUAACGUAUUGGCCCAAGCUAAGGCUUUACCUUUAAGUUGGUUCAUUAGGUAACCAAUCCUAGCUCUAUCCGAUGGAAAAGAUCCCGGUGAGGCCUCAAAGUGGUACUCAAUUCGAUUCAGAAAUCCCCAGCAUUCUUGAAUAUUACCAUCAAAAUGCGGGGGAGGCGAUAGGGAGAUAGUAGGUGCCUUAUGUACUAUAGGUGGAGGUACUUUAGGCAGAGGUGAUAUAGUCGGAGAAACCUUAGGCUGAAGAUGCGCUGUUCGAGUAAGAAGCGUACUGAAAGCCUGGGAAAACUGAUCCAUACCGUGAUCAUUCUCCUCUAGCUUUCUCUCGCAAGCUGCUAUUUGUUGACACAGUUCUACAGGAUCUACGGCCCUGUUGUAAUGUUAGGAUAUUAGUUGAUCCAGCACGCAGAACUGUAUUACACCUAGGACUAAAGGUAACGUCUUACCGGGCCUUAGAAUGGCCGGACUUAACGUACCAGAAAAUAGUCAGAAUAAUUGCCAAAGUUGGGGACACAGAAUGAGACACAACUAUGUGGGAAAGCCAAAAGUCAAGGGUACCAGAAUACAGGGAAGUUAAACAAAGUCAAAGUCAAUAACCAGAAAUAAACGCUCAGGAACACACUCUCGGACAACCACUAAUGGAAACCACGACAGGGCAUGAGGAAAGUCAAGUUUAAAUAAGUCUCCUUUAAAUCCGAUUGGCUGUACCCGGCCUCUGACCCCAGAACGUGCGCACGCGUCCUUUGCGCGACGUCAUAUGCACGUUGACGUCGUUAACACCGCGGCAGAACGUGAUGCUACAAAUAGGCAUGGGUCCGCAGCGACCAAUGGCGGGAAGGUAGUUAUCCCCAGAGACACCACAAGGUGAGGAUGAACAUGUGACAAUAUCACACUAUAGUUCUAUCUUUAUAUAUAAUUAAACUUAAUUUAUAUACAUCAUAGCGAUAUAUGUGUGUUUGCUGAACACAUACUUUUAAUUAACACAUACUUGUCUUAUCUGUGUGUCCUUAUCUUUUAUUGACACAGAUGUAUUUACUCACUGUCUGGCUCUUUUAGCUGACAGUGUCAUACUUUGAGAAAAACAUCUGAUUUCUUCAUUUUAGCACCUCAUGGCAUAUUAGCGAAAUUGCGUUUUUGCUAUUAAGCAUUGUGGCGAAACCGGCCUCGCCACGUGUCCUUGGAGGGGGCUGCUUGCCCACCUCUUGCCUUUGGACUAUGGACCAGACUUUAUGUGAAUGUGUUAACCCAGAUAGCUAUGCCAUGGAGCCCAUUCGUGUAGUUAAAGACUUCGGCUCCAUGGAAAUUGAACUGUGUGAAUAGGAUCUGAGCGCUAUUCAGUAGUUUUGUGCGCUCAGAUCCCAGCUAUCUGGGGAUAUGUGAAAUGUAUGUGUGUUAUGUGCAAAAGUUGACUUUAUGUAUUUUAAAGUGUUUUAUGUAUUUUUGCAACCAUGUGCUCAAUGGAGUCUGCCUCUAUCCCUGGAUAAUUGGAUUACUUUUCCCCAUUGUCUCCAGGAUAGGGGGCUCUGUAAAACCAGUUUGAGCCAGAUAUCCAUGUGCCAGCCAGGGCCCAAAAGAUACUUUUACUAACUUUUGAACCCCUGGUCGGAUUCAUGCCAUUUUUUAAUAUGUUGUUCCCCUGAAUGGAUUGAUUGUGAAUAUGUAAUUUUAUGUGAAUGUGAUGUAUGGUUUUAAAGUUAUGAAAGUUGGGUAGAAAGUAUGUUUUAACUGUAUGUGUAAUUGAGUUUCCUCUCAGGAUAAGGGGAGGGAAUAUGUGGGAUGUAAUUGAUAUGUGAUUGGUUGUUUUAUACCUCCCUGUGGGCGGUCCUGUAUGUGAAAGGCUGUAAUAAAAACCAGGCUGGGUGUGCCAGCACUUGAGUUCCUGUUUUAACCCUCAAAGUAAAGUGUCGUCUCAUUAUUGGGGGAAGGAUUUAUUGUAUGCUGUUCCAGUUUGACUGCUAGGAGAGUAAACCUAUUCGUAUGGUUCCUAUUCAACUGUCUACAGCAUUCAUAUGCUUGGGAGAAUUUAUUUGUUUCUCCGGUUCGGUGAUUGUGGUGUCUGCCAGAGUGCUUGGAGUCCUCAGGAAGCGCUAGGAGCAUCCUUUAACGGAGGUACCCAGUCGGGGUGCCAGGUGAUCCGUUACAUGCAUGUAUUAUUUAUUACACACAAUAUACGUAUUUCCUUCAUAUCCCUGACAGCGCGCGAGCAGUGAGGAGCAGGAAGAACAGACUGUGCUCCCUCACUGCCGUCAGCUUCCUGCUUCCUCUCCUCCCGGCCGGGUACAUUUUAGGCACCUGUGAUGUGGGGAGAGCAGGUGCCUAUUCUGCCUUAACAGUAAGCAUCUACUCACAGCUCGCUGGGCCACAGAGAUAUUCAUCGUGGGCCACGAGUUUGACAUGCUUGCUGUAGAGGAACAACAAUAUCUGCCAGAAGCCACUAGUUACAAUGCCUGUAAAGAUGCUGAAAAUGUAACCAUACCCCCCUCUUUCAAACAGUACCGGAAGUUUUACUGUGUGAUAUCAUUCUUACAGUCAGGGAGGGGGAGGAGUUACGUGACUGCCAUUUCACAGUCAGCAUUAUCAUUCAGAACAUUGAUAAACAUUUCAAUAGUAGUUUUAGUUUUAAAUAUCUUUAUUUUAGAAAUAUAUGAUUUAAAGGGACACUAUAAACACCCAGACCACUUAAAGUCAUCAAAAUGGUCUGGGUACAUUGUCCCUGGCCCCUCAUUCCUGCAAUGUAAAAUAGUUGCAGUUUUAGAAAAAUAGCAAUGUUUAGAUUGCUGUACUAAGACUGCCAUUAUUGGUGUCUACGGCUAAGUGACUAAAGGGUUAUUUAACCCUUUACAAUGCACAGGGGCUGAGUGAUAGGAAUACAGUGUUCCUUUAACUGUAACUGUAAAUGGGCAUUAUGCAGACAUUCUUUUUAUAUUCUGUUGCAAUGUUUAGUAAACUGCACUACUACUAAUGCCUUCAGGGUCCUUACAAAUACCUAUACAGGCAAGUGUUUGAUAAUUUUUUAUUUACAUUUCAUUGUCACACCUACUGUAUGUGAGGAUAAUUGCAUUUUUGCUUUUAUACUAACGUUUCAGACUCUGUGUGAAGUAUUGCAAGAUAAAUUACACUUUAUACUGUGUAAAACUUUUCAUUUCACAAUUUUUUUUUAUAUAAGGAUGUAAUAAAAAAUAAAAAAUUUUACAAAAAAAUUAAGUUUGUCUGAUAAGCGAUCUAUACACAAUAUUCCUGUGUUCUGGUAUGUUUAUAUGCUUGCUACACAUUGUACUUGGCAGACAAACUUAAAUAUUAAAAAGAUGCCUGUCAGUGAAGGGGUUUUAGUAAACACAAAUUAUGCAACACUAUCUCCCCUCCCUUUGAAUCUUUGCGCAUACUGGUGAAUAUGCAGCAAUGUAGUAGGUAGCUGAAAUUCUAAAACAAAAUUCAUAAAAAAUCACUCAUAGAAAUACAAACUUACAUUUUCCCUGAUUUUCACUAACACACAACACUCUGCAUCCACACACUAUGUGUGUGACAUGCGAUGGCAUUUUGGAUCAGGAGAUGUCACAUGAGAUGAUCGUGGGAUUGACUAUUGAAUGGCAUGGCAUGUGGGAUCAUGGAAUGGAAUAUGGAAUUGAAUGACAAGUGUAAUAAUAUGAUGAAGUAUGGCUUGUGAAUUUAUCUGGCCCCAUUCACCAUCUCUAUGUGAAGAAUUAAAGGGAAGGGUCCAAACUGGUAACUCUUCUUUGCCAAUAAUAAUGCAUCUGUUAUACUUAUCUUACAAUUAUUACCCUACUUUUCUACUCUAAUAACCCCCUGCAUUACCAUUACAGCCAAUUGACAGUUUAGGUGAUCUCUCCCUAUUAUAAUACUGUAUUUUUUCAAUCUAACUCUCCUCUCCUUUUCAACGAUUGCUCCCUAUUAUUUGGACUUGAUUCUGAAGGGAUUUUGGCGAUUGUAUUAAAUAGACCAGACUAUAGAAACGAGGACUUUUUGCAGGAUAAGGAGCAGUAUAAAUGUAUAGAAAUAGGCACUUUUAAGCCUUCAGAUAAUUGCUACCUUUGAUUACUGCCAUACUUACCUAAGCUGUGUCUAAAGUUACUUACCUUCUCCCUCCUUCUAUCUCUCCAGAUCUUCCAACAUCAUCUCGCUUUGUAUACUUAUCUUACAAUUAUUACCCUACUUUUCUACUCUAAUAACCCCUGUAUUACCAUUACAGCCGAUUGACAAUUUAGGUGAUCUCACCCUAUUUUAAUACUGUCUUUUUUCAUUUUAACCCCCCUCUCCUUUUUCAACAAUUGCUCCAGAUUAGUAGGACUUGAUUCUGAAGGGAUGUUUAUUAUACUAAGAGGGAAUAUAUAGAGACACAAUAUAUCACAAGCUGUCUUGAUCUUCAGGAUCACUUCUGAGGAUGCUCCAGGGGGCUAAGUUAGGGUUUACCUAUGUAUAGUAGGAGAUAGGAGACUCCAUUGCAGUCGUUUAUACAGGGACUUAUAUCAUUAGCAUCCAUGAAGGUGCUAAAGGAUAUCAGUAUCAUGCACUAAUAGAACUCAUGUAGGUGCAAGAGCUUAUACUUAUUUCUGGUCUUUUUGCAACCUUGAAGGUGCAGUAAUUGAGGGGUUUUGGCGAUUGUAGCGGAGAGGUAGUAUAAUCCACAGUAUCUCCGCUGGGUAACAGGAACAGCAUAAAAUAAUCCAAGUAAAUAAAUACAUCAUACAAUAAUCCCAGUAUCGUAGUAAGAAUCCUUCCCUCCCAAGAACUAGACGACACAUAGGAUGGGAGUCAACUGAGGUUUUAUUCACAGGUCACAGUAUUUAUGCAAGUCCCCAUGCAAGGGGUUUCCCUACUGACAUUGCAGGGGUUGUACAGUAGGGGACUGCAUGGGGGACUUAACAAUCUGGACAUUUCUCCCAUCAUGCACUGCUGGACGAGAGGGAUACUCCUACUAGAAUAUACAGUUAAGUAGAUUAUCCCUCCGUGCAACAGAACCAAUAUUUAACAUUAAAAUCCAUAACUUUCACAUUACUCGCUCUAUUUAAACGAAUGGACGUUCGGUAAAUAGCUGGGGUCUGGGUAUACAGUUCGUGAGAAUACCGCUCAGAUCCCAGCAUAACUAACCGAACGCCGCGCGAAACACACAUUAAAUUCAAGUUAUAUUCAAAGUACCGAUUGACAUUAGGGGAACAAACUACCGAACGCCCGGGGCUCCCGAACGGCCUGGAAGUCCAGCGGUAUUCGUGCCGCUGAGUAGCCGAUUUUAGUUCCAGGCGCUCGACGACCAAAUACCGCUGGGCUUAACAAAGGAACCAAGAUGGCUGACCACCGCGUGGUCGGUAGCCGAACGACAGCCCCCUAGGGAGACAAUAACCCCCUGUACUACCAACCUCCUGUGUGUGGUCGCCCAUUCGAUAGUUUAUUUGUUUCACGAACAGUGUUGAAACGCACUGUUCGUGAAACUACAGUAUGAAUGCUGGGGUUUUCAUGCCGCCAGCAUUCGAAUGCCCUUGUUCGCCUGAAAUGUAGAUACAGGAAUACACUUGGUUCUAACAGCUUUAAAGGCAUAUAAACAUAUUCAUACAAUUAUAGUCUUAAGUAGCUAGUUUUGCCACAGUGAUUGUUUUUUAAUAGUCCAGACUAUAGAUAAGUGGGAUUUUUGCAGGAUAAGGAGCAGCAUAUAUGUAUAGAAAUAGGCACUUUUAAGCCUCCAGAUAAUACCUUUGAUUACUGCCAUACUUACCUAAGCUGUGUUUAACAUUACUUACCUUCUCCCUCCUUCUAUCUCUCCAGAUCUUCCAACAUCAUCUUGCUUUGUAUACUUAUAUUACUAUUACCCUACUUUUCUACUCCAAUAACCCCCUGUACUACCAUGACAGCCAAUUGACAAUUUAGGUGAUCUCCCCCUAUAAUAAAUACUGUUUUGUUUCCCCAAUUAAACUCCCCUCUCUUUUUUUCAACGAUUGUUCCAGAUUAUUUGGAUAUUGUAAUUAUGAAAUGAUUCUGAAGGGAUGUUUAUUAUACCAAUAGGGAAUAUAUAGAGACACAAUAUAUCACCUGUUGGCUUUAUUUUUAGGAUCACAAUAUCUAAUUAGCAUAUAGAUAUAACUGUCAGUUUUAUGUUUAUUUUUGGCAAUGGAUAAAUAAACCCUUUUAUAUCAUUGAAUUGACGGUUAAAUGGUUAUCGUUUGCUAUAUUGCAGCAAUCUUCUCACACAUUGUUUACUGUUGAAGACAUUUCUUUCAAUCAAUUACUUAGUUUUAUGAAAUACCAAACCAGGGAUUCUAACAUGAGGUUUCCCUGAUUUAUAAUUUUAAUUAUUAGGUAUGCUGUUUAUUAGAAACAUUGAACUAAAUACAUACAAAUGCUUGAAACUGCAUGCACUGAAGCAAUACAAAAUUGAUCUACCUUAGUGACCAUGCAGGACUCUUUGCAUGCCUGAGCAGUUUCACAUUGUCUGUGCAUGUGCAGGGCUUUAUGUUUAUCAAGUGUCAGAACACGGGAGGCUUACAUGGUCCUUUAAUAAACCCCACCCCUAGACCCCCACAUGUUCCAUCCUUCCAAUGUAAAAUGUUACACUGCCCUAUCUUUAGACUAAUAAUAUCAUAGUGUGAUUUGAUGCCUACAUGUCAUUAUAAUUGUUUUUAUUUGAUACUAACAUGGUAAAUUUGAUUAAUUCUCCCUAUUUUGAUAUUUGACUUCUUUUUCCAGUUUAGAACUGGUUGCACACGCAGAAGACCCAAUAACCGAGAAGGAGUUGACCGCAUGUCCAGCCAACAACACAGAUGCAAGCUAUCUAAUGGAUGAAGCUGAAACAGACAAGUUGUCCUCGAAAGAGUCUGAGACAGACAGAUUAGGUUCCAAGGAAUCAGUGACAGACAGAUUAGGCUCUGAGGAAUGAGAAAGAUAAACAAGAAUGUCUGUAAUUCAAAGUUGCAGAAAACUGUUAUUUCUACUGAUAUAAAGAUAAAUAAAGACCACAAAUUGUGCCAAAAUUCUAUUAUUAACGGUAAAUUUGGGGCAAAAGCAUUAUUAUUUAUAUCUAACACAGCGGUGAUGCACCUUUCACCUAUUUGCAUUAUCAAUGCCGUUGGCUGUCUGUAACAUUCAACCUGUGAUGUAGUUGAAAAGACUGUUAAGGCACAAUGUUUUUUGUUUUUGUUUUUUGGUUUACAAUGCAGUGUGAGCAAAUCAAACUCAACAUUGGGAGUUUAACAAGUAAAUCAAGAGUUAGGACUGGGUUUAAAGAGACACUCCAGACACCCAGACCACUUCUGCCCAUUGGAGUGGUCUGGCUGCCAACUCGCACUACCCUUAACCCUGCAACUGUAAAUAUUGCAGUUUUCAUAAACUGCAAUAAUUACAUUGCAGGGUUAACUCCUCCUCUAGUGGCCACUAGAGGGCACUUCCUGGUCUAUAGCACAGGUCUGUGCUAUAGCGUCGCUGGACGUCCUCACGCUAUGUGAGGACCUCCAGCGUCACUAAAAUCCCCAUAGGAAAGCAUUAAAAGCAUUUACAAUGCUUUCCUAUGGGGAGGUCUAAUGCGCGUGCGUGGCAGUGCCGCGCAUGCGCAUUAGGUCUCAUCCUGCCGGCAGCCGCGCCUGCGUAAUCGUUCUCCCCCACUGGCUGACGUCGGCUGGGGAGGAGCGUGGGCGGACCCUAAACCACCGCCGAGGGACAUCGCCGGUGGUCUCAGGUAAGUCACUGAAGGGGUUUUCACCCCUUCAGCAACAUGGGAUGGGGGGUGGGAGGGAGAUUGCCUGAUUGAAUGUAUCCACAUUACUUUUAGUUACCUUCCUAUUAGUAUCUUUUUGUUUAUACUUAAUUUCAAAGGACUGAUUUAUCAUCUCCGGAAACACAUUCACAAAUUGUACAGAUGCACAUUAACAUAUUAUGAGUUAAGAACAAGUGGCAUGUAAUUAUAUUACUUGUAAGUAUAUCUCAUGUAUACAUUUUAAACAGGCACAUUUCUAGGAAUGUUUUACCUUUUUACAUUCAUUUUUGUCAUAUUGCAGGAUAUUCUAAAUUAGUAGUAGCAAUCACUGGACACUUGGUCCCUAUUGGAAGCUAUAGCUAGUCCUCAAGAAGAAUGACUAAUUAAGUGGCACACAUGGGCCAAGAUGAUCUAAAUAUAUUAAUGUGGACAACAUGGGUCAACUAACAAGCCAUGGAAUACAAAUCUGUAUUUCUUACACCAUUGUUCCCCCCCCCCCAACCCCCCUGCAUCCCGGCACUCAGGGCCAGAUUAAGAGCCCAGUGGGCCUGGUGCUGACAAUUAUUAUGGGCCUAGUUACAAAAUCUUAUCGACCAAAAGCACUAAAACAGUCCUACCUCCUAAGCGUCAUGUAUCUGAUGGAGGUGAGCUGGAGGGAAACAAAUACUGUAUGCUAAUCUCACGCUUUCAUCUUUCAAGUAAACCCAUAGCCCCUAACAGCAGUGUCCAGUAAAGCAUGAAGCCUAUGGAUGGGGUAAAAGGGUGGGCCACUGAAACAAAUCACGUAACCAGAACUGCCGAAAGGGGCGAACAUACACAAAAAGGGGGCAUGUCUGUGUCCCCAUGUAUCCCAGUGUCCCCAUGUCCCUAGGAUACUAGGGGACAUUGAGAGACAUUGGGACACUGGUAGACAUGGGGACACUGAGAUACUAGGGAACACCGGGAGACCUGGGGACACUGAGACUCUUGGGAACACUGGGAGACAUGGGGACACUGGGUGACUUUGAGACAUGAGGGGACACUGGGAGACAUGGGGCACUGAGACACUGUGAUACAUAGGGGACACUGUAGACUUGAUAAAAACCUGGGUACAGGUCAAAACGUUGUGGUGUCCAAUAAACCUGCUUAAAUCUAUCACAGUGAGUGCCUGAGAUUUCUUUCUUUUAUACUAGGGAACACUGAGACACUUGGGGACACUGUGAGACAUGAGGACACUGGGAGACUAGGGGAUUCUGAGAGACUAGGGGACACUGAGACACUACGGACACUGGGACACUGAGAGACACCAGGGACACUGGGAGACAUGGAGCACUGAGACACUCUGAUACAUAGGGGACACUGUGAUACAUAGUGGACACUGGAGACUUGAUAAAGAUAUGGGUACAGGUCAAAAUGUUGUGGUGUCCAAUAAACCUGCUUAAAUCUAUCACAGUGAAUGCCUGAGAUUUUUUCUUUUAUAUUAUACUACUAGUGUCCCUUAGAGUCUGUGUCCCCAUGUCUCAAAGUGGUUUGAUGUCACUAGGACAAUAGGUGACACUUAGAGACAUUGGGACACUGAGAGAAUUACUAGGGGACUCUGGGACAUUAGGGACAUUGAGAGACACCAGGGACAUUGAGAGACAUGGGGACACUGAGAGACAUGGAGACACUGAGACACUAGCGACACUGGCUGGGAGACAUGGGGACACUGAGAGACUAGGGGCCACUGGGAGACAUGUGGCCACUGUGUCCCUAGUGUCUCAGGGUCCCCAUGUUCCCCAGUGUCCCAAUGUCUCAGCAUCCCCUAGUCUCUCACCGUCCCCAUGUCUCGCAGGCUUGGAGCUGCUGUCUGGACUCUCUGUGCAGAGCUGCUCCCUCGUGGAUCAGUGUGUAGAGAGAGGCAGGGAGGGAGAUGCUGUAACUUCUUAUCCCUGCUUCUCUCCACACAAAUAGCGGCGACCCCUACUGGCCAGCGCUGGUAUUGCAGAAUAAUCUCUGUUUACCUGCACCGGCUAGGCAGCCUCAAAUACCUGAGAAAUACUUCUGAGAAAUACCUGGCAUCCAUAAGAAAUACAUGAGAAAUACCUGGCAACCCUAAGAGUAGUAUGUAAAAAAAAAAAAAAAAAUUUAAAUUGUUUUUUUUUUUUUAAAUAAAUGGGCCUAUUCCAUGGGGCUGGGCCUGGGCCUGCAGCUCCAUCAGCCCCCAUGUUAAUCCGGCCCUGCCGGCACUGCAAGGGUUAAAAAAAUCUUUUAACACUUACCAAUUCCAGCACUGAUCUCCCAUGGUGCUGGGUCUAUCACAGUAAUAUUGUUAAACAAAAACCCAACUUGGCUAUCUUACAAAUGGUUUAUUAAUUUUCAUCAUAUAGCACAGCUUGGUGACUGAACCCUUUGGAUGCAAUCAAUGUGUUUGCAAAUUUCAACUGUUGUAAAUAGCAAUAAUUAUACAAUAUAUGCUUUUGUACAGCAUGUCUCAAGAAAAUAUCUGGCCACUGAAAUGUAGGGAUGUUUGGUACUACAGGAUACAAUAAUAAAUAAAUCCACUUUCCAAAUGCAGCAUAUAAGAUCAGAUCAAGAAACAUUUGAUGAUUAUUUAACCAUACUUGUACACAAAGAAUAUGUUGGGGUUUUUCUGUUGUUUUUUUGCAUAGCAUACUUUUCAAUUUAUUUUAAAAUAUAUGAUUUGUAUAAUAAAGAGGACAAAUUUUAUAAACUAUCUCGCUACUGCCUUUUGCAUCCAAGAUCCUUAUAAGAGUUGUGUAUGCGAGAUUGACAGACUUCCUUGAGUCCAACUCUCUGCUAGACCCACUUCAGUCUAGUUUCCACACUAAGCACUCUGUGGAAACGGCACUGACCAAAGUAUCCAAUGAUCUACUCGCUGCAAAAUCUCAUGGUCGCUAUUCUAUCCUAAUUCUCCUUGACCUUUCUGCUGCUUUUGACACUGUUGAUCAUCAACAGCUUCUUCUCAUCCUCCGCAAUAUCGGUCUACAAGAUAUUGCUCUCUCCUGGUGCUCCUCCUACCUCUCCCAGCACUCUUUCAGUGUUUCUUUCUCUGGCUCUGCUUCUUCUCCCCAACUACUCUCUGUUAGUGUCCCCCAAGGUUCAGCCCUUGAUCCCCUACUGUUCUCCAUCUAUACUGCCUCCCUUGGUAAACGCAUUAGCUCCUCUGGCUUCCAAUAUCAUUUCUAUGCGGAUGACACGCAAAUCUAUCUGUCCUCUCCUGAUCUCUCCCCGUCCCUCUUGACUAGUGUCUCUGCUAUUUCUAACUGGAUGGCUGCCCACUUCCUUAAACUAAACUUGACCAAAACUGAAAUUGUGGUCUUUCCUCCCUCAAGUGUUGUUACUCCUGUGUCUGUCUCCUUCCAAGUCAACGGUGCUGCCAUCAGCUCCACCACGCAGGCUCACUACGUAGGUGUUCACUUUGACUCUGACCUCUCCUUCACACCUUAUGUUCAGUCUAUCACCAAAUCCUGCCGCUUCCAUCUUAAAAAUAUUGCGCGCAUCUGACCCUACUUAACGCCAGAUGCAACUAAGGUGUUGGUCCAUUCCACUGUCCUUUCUCGCCUUGACUACUGUAAUCAGCUUCUCAGUGGUCUUAUGUGCUCCCAACUUGCGCCGUUACACUCCAUAAUGAAUGCGGUGGAGAGGCUCAUCUUCCUGUCCGCCUACAUCUCCCACGCCUCACCCUUUUGUCAGUCCCUACAUUGGCUUCCUGUAAGAUAUAGGGCUCAAUUUAAAAUUUUUGUUCUUGCUUUCAAAUCUCUACAUAAUGCUGCUCCCACCUAUCUAUCCUCCCUAAUACACAAGUAUGUCCCGUCUAGGCCCUUAUGCUCUGCUGAAGACUUACGUCUAUCUUCUGUCUGUACUCCCACCUCUGAUGCUUGCCUUCAAGACUUCUUGAGGGCUUCACCAUUUCUGUGGAACUCACUUCCCUCCUCCUUUAGAUGCUCACCCAGUCUCCACUCCUUCAAAAAAAUCAUUAAAAACCCUCUUCAUAAAAGCAUAUCAAUUAAACUUUUGAUAGCUCCCGAGUGAUUCCACUGUUGCAACUGUCAUUAGUCUAAUACUAUUCUUACCUUUUGUGUCACUUUACCCCACUCACUCUAGCAUGUAAGCUCAUUGAGCAGGGCCCUCAACCCCUCUGUUCCUGUGUGUCCAACUUGUCUGGUUACAACUACAUGUUUGUUCAUCCACCCACUGUAAAGCGCUGUGGAAUAUGCUGGCGCUAUAUAAAUAAUAACAUAAUAUUAAUAAUAAUAAUAAAUUGUUACAACAUUGGUGUUUAAGAAAAUAGUGCAAACUGUGCCAAAUCUUGAAGUCCCUUGGUGUGCUGGUCCUAUUUUUUUUUAAUAGAGGUGUGUAUGUUGCCAUAUUAUGCUUGAAUUUAUGGGUGCUGCAGUUGCUUUGCAGUGUUGUAUAUACGCGUAUGUGGGCUAUUGUGGGCUGAGAAGCUGCUUGUUGGGUUGUGUGCACGUGUGUUGAUUGUCAGUGGUGUGUAUCUAGUUGUGUUGGAGGCUUCCCUGGGGUCCAGUGGAGGCUGGGUUGGCCAGGUCAAGGGCAGGAGCUGCUGUGGGCUGCUCUACUCCAGUGCGGAUUCACGUUCACAAGUGCUGGGAGGAAGAUUUGAGAUCACUUCCUCUGAGGGCUGCAGUGUGUAAAUUGAGGAUUGUCCCUCAUCACCUUUUUGCAAAAGCAGAUAGCUGAAGUUCCAUUGGGACUCCUGAUAGGCCAGAGCCUGUUUGGCUCCAGCAUCCCUGAGUGCCGUGCAAAGGCACCUCAAAUGAAAUGCAUGGCACAUGUGCCAUAGGUUGCUGACUCCUGACUUAGGUAAUGCAUAUUCACAAAUAGGCAGAAUGGUAUGCUAAUUUAAAUAAAAUAGUGC